AUGGAGCACGCUAGCCUCCGGGCAGCGUCCCCAUAUGAGGAGGAGUUCCUCUGCAGACUACAGCGCAUCUUGGCCCAAAGGGAUGGUUCUGUAUCAGAAGAUGGACUGGAGAGAUGCCACUUGGAAGGAGCUCUGGUACGAGGCCCUGGAAGAUGUUUAGCUUCGGCGGAGAGAGCAGCGGCUCCAGGUACAAGUGGCUAUGCGGCUGACUCUCCUGGGAUAGCAGCCCCUGGAGGAGUGAAUGACGUAGUUUGAGUUUCUGGUCUGGAAGGAGCUAUGGCUGGACGAGGCUUACCGGGCGCUAGAGUGGUACGCAGUGCGGCGUGUCCAGUGGAUGGCUGAGGAUAGUGUAGGGUGAGGACUAUAAUGGCCCGGGCUUGAUGUGGAGACCUCUGAGGAGGACAUUGACUUUGGGAGUCCAGCAGAGUAUCGGCUCCUGGACAUCCACAGCAUCAGGGAAGCCCUGAUGGAUCUUAAUGGAGCUGCCGACCUGGGACCAGAUCUGAUCCAUCUGGUCACCAUGAAAUGGGAGCUGGAGCAGAGUUACCAACGCCGUCCUUCCUCCCCAGCGGCAGUGCAUCCUCCAGGUAGAGGAGACAACUGGUCCCUCUCCCCAACCACAGUGGCAGUGUACCUUGUAGGGAGAGGAGACAAGGCAUCUCCUCUCCCCAGCAGAAGUGUAUCCUGCAGGUAGAGGAGACAACCGGUCUCUCACCAGCAGCAGUGUAUCCUGCAGGGAGAGGAGACAACCGGUUUCUUUCCCCAGCGGCAGUGUAUUCUGCAGGGAGAGGAGACAACCGGACGCUCUACCCAACCACAGUUUGCGUUAUUGGGAGUAGAGACAAACGGUCUCCCUCUCCAACUGCAGUGCCAGGAAUCUCGAGACACCAGGGAUGACGGCCGCUACAACCACGGCCAAGUGGACCUACCCGGGCAAAGCAUGGCACAGGAGGCUACCAGGUCAGCUAUUUGUUUUUGGGUGGGCUUCUCGACUAACUCAAGUACAGACCGCCUGCAGGUCUGGUACCUGGUUACAAAUACAAAAAGAUAAUUCCAACGCUCACUCCCAUCACUCCUGGGCGGCAGCAAAGACCACAGUACACAUCAGCCCCAAUACAUACCGUAAAAACCAAAGAAAACGUUACCUGUGUCUCUCCGAAAUCCCCAUGUAUAUUUAAACAAGUGGAGGUCAUUUAGUUACUCCAAUGGCCAUUGAUGCUCAAGGAAGCAAGGUGAAGGUGUAUGGGCAGUCCGUGGCGACAGGGGGAGGUAGCCUAUUCAGCACCAAAGUGCAGUAGCCAGUAGGCUAUCAGCACUUCAAACAUAGGUGGAGUCAGGGGACCGUGAUCAGCCGCAGGCAUUUGCAACAGCCUGUAUGUUAACCCCUGAGCGUAAGCCAGAAAUGCAGCAGGAUUAACCCCUUAAAUGUUUAAUUGCUCGCAUCUAUGAUGAUAUAUUUUUCUUAGAUGUUGGGCUCGUUUUGAGAUAUCUUAGUGGUAUGAAUAUAAACUGUAUUAAUGUUGUGACAAUCCUUUUUGAAACUACUCAUUUAGAGGGAGAUUGUUAAUCUUUAUCGUGUUUCGAAUCUCAUCUCCUAAUCCGUUCUGGAGGCUGAGGAGGGAAGGAGAAUUCUAUCAUUAUUUUCUCUUCAAUAUAGUUUUUUUUACUCUCUCUUCCUAGGCACUGUAUCCCUAACACUGGCCGUUCUUUUGCAAGCCUUAUUUUACCACCUUUUUUCCUACUCUAGCUAUGUACUAUUACUAUAGAUCUUUUGACUAUGGUUACAUCCUGACCUGACUUAUGUCGCUACAUACUGCCUUCAUAGCCACAAGUGUAGCUUUAAUAUAUAGCUAUCUCAUUUGAAUAACCUAUAGGAGCAACUGCUCUAUAAACUGGACACUUGUCUAAAUAGCUAUACUGAAGACAUACUAGGCAGGCUUGAUAAGACCCCUACCGUUUGCAGCACUUGAACAUUUUCCUCACGGUUUAUUUUUUGUAUCACUGGUUCACAUAUUAGUAUUACGUGUCUAAUACCAUUGUAGACUAUAUUAGUGUCUAAAAACAUUAAAGACUAUUUUUAACAAUUGUAACUUACUACCCUUAUGUUGAGUUAUUUACUUUUUGUAUGGGUAAGCCUUUGGCCGUUUUUUGAGAGUUAGUAUCUGAGCAUGACUUAGGUUCUCUUUUUCAAUAUACCUGCUUGAAGGAUUUUUUAUUUAUUUUUUCAAGCCGUUACACUUACCUUUGACAGUCCCGGUGACGACUGUCCCUUUGGUUGCUCUCGUAGAGAAGCAUUGCGGUCACAUGGUGAAUAAUUGAAAGUCUUGGUGAUCCACCAAUCCACUGCUUCUUGUGGAAAAUAUGGAUUCUGAUGCUUCUCAUGAGAGACGUGCACAGCAUCUCGUAUCAGCAAAUUUUGCAUGCUGACGCCAGAUGUAAAAUACAUUUAAUUGUUGUAGUAGUAGGUGUACAAAUGGUAAAAUGUAAACCGUACCAUUUCUCAGAAACAGCACUGUUUUCUUUUGCAAGGCUGCGGGGGCAGCAUCUAUGCCCCAAAAUCACUUGAUUAAGGUGAAGUAAUUUUGAUUGUUAGAAUGUCCCUUUUGUGAUCUCUAAAUUAUUUCAAACACAUUAGUCAUUCUGUUAGUCAUGUGGAUGCUUCAAUUUUUAAACCAUUGGGUAAUAUUGUUUGAUGGAAAUUCCUCGUACAGUAUUGUCAAAAUAUCUGUAAUACUUGUUGUAAACAGGACCUGGCUUUCAUUUUCUUUCGCCCAUUAAUGGGCUGUGUAGUUAGAAAAGCCCCACAAACGUACUUGACUACACCAUAAUACUACCGGACCAAUUAAAAGCAAAAGUCACAUGAUCUGUCAACAAGUAAUGUGUCCUGAGAUCCAAUCAAAAUUCCAUGCCUGGAGUUCCAUAUGUCACAAUUUUACCAUGGGUCUUAGAGGACCAUAUAAAGCAUAUUUCUAUUUGUUUUAUGGAUGACUUUCCGAUUCCCUAGAACCCAGACAUUCAGAUGCAUUUAUAAACGUUCUAUAUCAUUCUGUCGGUAUAAACUCUGUAAAUAUGUACUUUAAUGUGAGCUGGUAAAAAUAAGCUGCAGGAGCCACAGAGCUAGAAACACUGAUCAGUUUAAAAUAAAUCUUGUAUUCUAAUUGUGUUUGGGUUUUUUUUUGUGUGUUUUUUUUUUUUUUUUAGCCCAUCACAAAACCGAUAUUAAAAUCAUGUUAAGUAAAUAGAAAAUGCACAGAUACAAAAAAAUAUGUGUAUAUGUAGGGGCACUUUAAGCAACAUAACUACUAAAGCCCACUGCAGUGGUUAUGUUGCCAGUAUGCCACUGCUACCAUCUUAAUGUUAUGUGUCAAACAGUUUUCAAGCAGUUUGACAUAAACAGGGCUGGCCCCUUGCUGUCCAUCUUAAUGUGGAAUUUACACUUCUGCAUUAGCAGUAUGAAUUCUGUCCAUACUUCGAUGGCAUUCAUUGGCUAAGCAUGUCACCUGGCACUUCUCAGCCAAUGAAUGCCUUUCAAGUUUGUACACUGUAGCCAUUGCUAAUGAUGAAGUGCAGCUUCUGCAUCGGGGUCAUGGACUGCGAGGGGCUGGGUGAUAAGGGACCCUCGGUUUGUGUCAGGUUGUUCCAAAAUGGAUUGAUCCAUAACAAGGGAUAUUGCCCGGGACAAGCUGGCACUGUAAACAUUAUAGAGGACUAUAGUGAUUAUGAUGCUUAAAAAUGCCCCAUUUAAAAGGCACACUAUAGCGUAAGGAAUACAAAUGCAUAUACCUCUUUAGGUCGUCCUUACACUUGUGAGGGUUUAAAAGGCGGGUUUUAGAUGCUUUUCAACCCUCGCCUCGCCAGUGUCUGUCCGGCCUUUCCACCUUCUUGGCUGACAUCAUCAAGAUUGGCCAUUUCAGCAAACCCAAAGUUUCUAUAUACGGAAACAUUGGAAGGCUAGUGCGCAAAUACGGCAAAACUAUGAUCUGAACCAAUCAAAUGCUCUCUAGGAGAGUCACGUGACCGAGAUUCACUUAUUGUAGGAUUGCCAAGCCUCUACUGGAUGUCUUCCAGACAGCAUACAGAGAUGUUUUAACUCUGCUAUGAUAUUACAGUUUCUACAAAACUACAAUGUUUUACAUUUGCAGGGUUAAAACCACCAGACCGCUGCACCCAGACCACUUUGUAGGACAAUUGGAAAUGUAAGGCCAAAUUAGUCGAGCUGGAAACAUAGCUGAAUAUUUCCAGUUUGAAUGUUUUGGCCUGACAUUUACAACCCCCUGGUGAAUUCUCAGCAAUUUCUGUGUAGCAAAUAACGCAGUGUUCUUGUUCUGAAUCUUCUCUCUGUGGCUGGGUGAAAACGAAUGUUUCUUAGUAUUCAUCAGCAAUGCUUUAUUUGGGCUAGUGAAGGUUCAGUACUCUCCUAAGGGGAAAAUAAAUUUCCGGUGUGUGUGCAGUUAUGGUCUGUUUCUAAAAGUGUAAGUGUAUUCAUUAACGAUUAUUACUCCCCGGACACAGCCCUGUUUGUGAGACUUUUAUAUAAGAAAUUAACUUGAUGUGAAGGAAUGAGGAAAUGGUUAAAUAGUGUGUGUAUAUCGAAUAAUGAUAGAUGGGCACAUGGUCCAUGACUAUUUUUGCUAAUAAGAAUGAAAAUUAGAAAAAGGGGAAGUAAGAAAAGCAUGCCCACGUCUAUGCUGGCUGUGGUCCUAUUUGUGAUAAAUAAAUACAUUAUGCAUGGCACAUACAUGUCCUCUAAUACGCAGAUUCCUUUAUUAAUGAUAAUCUAAUCACCAAAGCAAACUUAACUUAAAGGAACACUAUAGUGUCAGGAAUGCAAACAUGGGAGAGGUGUUUUUACUCGCCUUUUCUCUCAAACCCCGACUGGCUCUGUCUAUGCGACACUCAUAGAAAUGCAUUGAAUCAGUGCAUCUCUAUGGGGACUGUUCAGCUGAAUUCCAUUGCUACACACUGUACAGCACUGAGAUAGCAAGCAUCUCUAAUGGCCGUCUGAGUGACUGCCACUAGAAUUGUUCCUAGGCAGCAAUGUAAACACAUGCCUUUUCUCUAAAAAGGCAGGUUUUACAGUGCUCAGCCUGCAGGUACAGACUAUGUCCCCCAGAACCACUACAUUAAGACUUUAGUAUCUCUUUAACACGUCAUGUGUCCUUAAGGGGUUAAUGAAGCAGUUUUGGUGUAUAUAUCAUGCCCCUUCAAUCCUGCUUCUCAAUUCUCUGCCAUUUUGUUUCUGUUUAUGUAAUAUUACAUGUUGCAUUAGUUUAAAUAAAAAAACAUAAAAUAUCAAUUGUACAAGGCUCAUAAUUUCAAGUCCAGUGGUACUAGCCUGGUCUAAAAGUUAAUGGGCACAGAAAGUCUGGACUGUCUGUGGCACUCACCAGAGUUUACUUUUCACUCCCCAAUGGCUAGUGGAGAAUGGAUAUUUUGAACACUGAUCUGUACAAAGUGCUUGUUGAAUUACUACCAUCUUUAUACUAAAAAUAAUCACGGCCCCUCUUCUCAUCUGUCAAUCAGUUACUGACAUAGAAUUAUAUAGAGGUCUAGGGCUUAGUCCUCUAUGUUGAAGAGUGCAUUGCACGGACAGAGCAGGAGACGUAUCUCCAACAGGCAGUUCUCCUGCUGCUCUCUCUCUCUCAUAGCCAGUACAGCAAAUACAUUGUAGUUGCUGUGAUGUUUUUCUUGCAAGCACAUCUCAUAUACAGCAGUGGAAUUGCACCUGUAUUGGUACAGUCCAUGAAGUCCAUUUUGGAUUCAUUGGGCAGUGUGUCUUACUUGGGGAAGUGUUUUUAGCAUCGCAUAUAGUCUAGUAGAUGGGUGAAACGUAGACUGGACCAGUUGUGCUGUCUUAUGGUAGCAUUAAAAUCUAAUUUAUCUUUAUGAUAAAUCAUUGCUUUAGGAGCGGUUAUCACUUAAAGGGACACUACAGGCAGCCAGACCGCUUCAUCUCAUUGAAGUGGUCUGGGUGCAGUGACCCUGUCUCCUUAUCCUUGCAAUAAUUGUAUUUCAGGGCUAACUCCUUCUCUAGCGUAAAUCAGUCAUCACUCUCACUAGAACCCCUGUGUCUGGACAGUAAAUGCUUCGAAUAACUAUUCUCUCACCUCCCUGCCUUGAGCUGCGCUCCCCACAAGAGUGCUCACAGCAGAAAGGGGUGACAUGAGGUCGCUUGAGCUUCUGUGAUCAACUAUAAUGAAAGUUAAGCUCAGUUUUAUAGUUUAAUUAGAUUUCUACAUUCAAUAUUGUUACCAACAAAAAAAGGUUGUACGGUAUGAUGGUAUUUCAAAUCCGAUACAGAUGCUGGCUUAUGGUACACCCGCCAUUGUUUGGAAAGGGGGACAAGAGAUAAACGCAUUAUAAUAGUCCUGACAGUAUUCCAGUGUCUCCUGGGGGGAAAAGCUGCAAGGUAACAUGCACAGGUACACAAAGAGAACCCACUGAAUCUAGUAUUUUAAUAGAAGCAAAAAUUCUUAGCUGUGAAAAUGAAAAAUACACCACACUGACCAUUUAACUGCUGAACCUCUAAAAAAUAAAUAAAUAAAAAGCCCUAAUAACAUUCUGUAUGGCCUGUCUUCGCAUACAGUUGGACUGGCUUUUGUUUUUUGUUUGUCCUGUUUUUUGGUCACUGGGCCACAUUAAAUAACAUGAUGAUCAUAUAUUAAUCCCACCAAGGUUAGGCAGGUUCUUGUGAUAGUUCUGUUGUGCCAUCAGCCUUAAAUGGGUUAAAGGAGCGUGGGAAUAGAGAUUUUCUGUUGCCUGGAAAGCACCCAUAGGCAAUAAGUUUUCGGAUCUCUUUGCCAUCGUGUGUAGCUGUGCCAGGUUUGGCUCAAUGGGAAUUCCCUUGUUUCCCCAGAAAACAUAUCCUAUCUAGUUCUCUGUAGGCCUGUCACUAGCCUCCUUGUGGAGAAGAGGUUUUAUGGCCUUGUAAAGGUGUAGAAUAUUUUAUGCUACAGGUAUAUUGUUAUAGAACAAUCAGCCUUCUAGUGCACAAAUGACAUAAUACCGAGAUAAAGCAUUAUUUCGACUACAUCAAAGAACAAAAGACUUCCGCCAAAUGACAUGCUGAUCUAUUUUUAUAAAUCCAAGGAAAUGUGCUGUACGGGUUAUAGUUAUCAUCCUGGGAGGUGUGACUAGUUUGGCAACAGGUUCAUUUGUUCUGGGCUUCUAGACUGAUUUCCAAAGUAGUACAGCGCUAUUUUUCUUCGCUGGUAAUAAGCCGGUUGCUGAUCUCUAAUAGUACCGUAGGGAGUGCCAACUUUUCCGUGGUCUUCUCGUGAUUAUUCAAAUAUUACAUGUAUGUAAAUUUUGAGGUGAUGUGUGGCAGGAGAGAAAAAAAAAUUCCAAACCAUCCACAUGUUUUUAGGAAAAAAUAUAUAGGGGAAAUAAAUGCAACAUCGUGGUAUAAUCUGCAGUGCAUAAGCAUGCUUCAUCAUCUGCCCUUGUGCUAGGGUUGCAUGUGAUAUUCUACUAUUAAGAAAAAUGAUCCAAGCUAAACAUAGUAAACUCAUCAAUCACAAUGCCACGUAAGUCUAUUAUCAGCUAAUAUGGUUUAUUGAAGUUUUUCCUGGAAGGUUGCCCAUGAACAUCGUUGGCAAUGCAGAUUUUGAGAUCAAUAUUUUUCAUGCAAAGCAUUAUGGGAAAUGAAGCCCAUAAUCCUUUGCAACACCAGUGCUUGCCCUAUUUAAACAAAAAAAAAAAAAAAAAUUAGUGAUGUGUGCAUGUCAUAUUGCAGCAGCACCCCUAAUGUGCAGACAAAGAGGCUGAAAUCACACUUUCAAAAUGUGUGAAGGAAACCGAGAUAUUGAGCUCAUAUCCUCCCUGAAUGUUGCAAUGAUUGAGAAUGACCUUUCUUCUCAUGUUCAGCUCCUGCAGGGAGUUUAAACCCUGCUUAUCUCAAUCAAGCACAUGUAUCGAAACAUGUGUCAAGAGGACAGGAACUGGCUGUCCUUCUUGCUAAACAUUACCCACAAAAAUUCACACUCUUGGUUUAUUCUUUGUUUUCCUUAACCACGUUUCUCUCCUAAUGAAUAAUCACUACUUAUACCCCAAGUAAUUCCAUUAUUUUAAAGUGGAUCUAUUGGAUCCAGCAAUAGAUAUAAGUGAGCAGGGCCCUCUAAGAGGGGGGUGACGUAAUCUAUACAUUGUACAUACAAUCCGCAGCAAAUGUAUAGCUUAAAUAAUAAUGGUCAUGCUUGAGUGAAUGGUUUUAUUCAUUUUUUAAUUCAAAAUAAUAGCAGUUAUUCUGUUUUGUGUUUAUAGGUCAUUGUUUUCAUUUUAUGUUGUUGUUAACCCCUGUGUCAUAUUUCAUUUUUUUUUUUUUUUUUACUACUUAAAAUACCAUCUAGUAAAUAGAUCCACUUUAAAAGAAUGGAAUUACUUGGGGUAUAAGUAGUGAUUAUUCAUUAGAAGCGAAACGUGGUUAAAGAAAACAAAGAAUAAACCAAGAGUGUGAAUUUUUGUGGGUAAUGUUUAGCAAGAGGGACAGCCAGUUCCUGUCCUCUUGACACAUGUUUAAAAUACCAUCUAGUAAAUCACUAUGCAUGAAGCAAUACUUGUCUAUAUAUAGCUAUAUAUCUAUAUAUUAAACCUUCCAUUACAGAUGUUUAAAAAUGGUCCAGAUUGUCUUUUUCCACGUUAUAACUUGAAUUUGGAUAACAAUGUUUAGAAACUGAUUGAAGCCUAUAAAUCUUAGUCGUAAAAAGGUUCAUGUAUGCGUUUGGCAGUAUCUUCAUUUUUAUUCACCAGAUGUCACCAUAAUGUCGAACAGUUUGAUUUUAGAGAAAAUCUUGUUUAAUUCACUCGACAGCCAUGACAUCACACAUGCUAUAAAACAUGCCAGUCAAUCAGGACGAGGGUUCUGCACCUUAAACCAGCUUAGAAACAUAGAAUGUGACGGCAGAUAAGAACCAUUCGGCCCAUCUAGUCUGCCCAAUGCUUAUUUUAUUACAUUCUCAUGUCUCCAAGUUUUUUUGGGAUAGGCUGCCUAUUUUCCUAACCGUUGCUUUGCCCAACUUGAUUCCUUCCAAUUCCUUUUUUUUUUUUUUUUUUUUACGGUUUCAAAAAUAUAUUUUAACCCUCUGAUCUUUUUGGUAACUGAAUUGCUUUGCAUUACAUCAUGCUGCCCCCCACUGGCACGCUAAUUGGUGGUCUAGACUGCUUGGUAUUUGGAAGCGCAUAGUAUCCUGUUCUUUCAACAAUUCACCCAGCUCUUCUAACAUAGAAAUAGGAAAAUUAGUCUUCCAACACCAAGAAACAUUCUGAACCAAAGAUCUUUUCCCCCCUUGCAAUCUCGAUAGAAAUAGAGAAAUAAUGGCUUUGUGGGAUUGUGUCAUUAAUAUUGUGGUGUUGGUUUUUACCUACCAUUUGUUUAUUGCACAAUUCACCCUUUUAUCUCUGUUUCUCGUAUAGACCGACCCAUCUGGUUGAAUGCCUUUUGCGACAUGCUUGUUACGGAGUCAUUCGUGAGGCCCAAGCAUUUCCUUUGGUUGGCCAAAACAAGUUACUUUAUCAGUACUUCUAAAGCAAAGAAAGAACUAAUGUGAUUGUGCUAAAACCAAGUGCCAUGCUACUGUUGGCUAGAUUUUUUUCUUUAACCCCUUUCAUCCCUUUAGAUCGCACACCAUUGCUCCUUAAGCGGUUAAUAACGGAGUCCAAGCACACCACUUUAUACUCCAGUGUGCAUUUUAAUCUAGCAGUUCCCCUAGUUUACUGUUGUAAAUGUAGCUAGAAUCCGAUAUUUCCGUCAUGAAUCCAAUUUAAAAUAUGCCUCUUCACUUUUUAUUUUAAAAUCACGGCAUCUUUUUGUUUAGUACGGUGGUUACUAUGAGGAUAGACCUUAUACAAUUCCUUUGCGAUAUGGGGGUAACCUUAGGUUUAUUUAUCAAGGUGUUAUGCGAGGACACUUUAUUAAGGUUACAUAUCUUGAGUGCUUCUUCUACAGAGUCACUGCAAUAGCACGGUCCCACAUUUAGCUCAGUGAUUUGGAAGGCAGAAACUUCUCUGCUCAUUAUUUGGUAGAACGGUGCAUCUGGGAUUCAGUGCAGAUUGCUCUUAACCUACAGCUAGAAAUUUAGAAAGGCAUUUAUACUUCUGCUUUAAAGGAUCACUAUAGUGUCAGGAAAACAAAUUUGUUUCCCUGACACUAUAGUGCCCUGGGCGCUAAAGGGGUUAUAACCCCUUCAGCAGCUUACGUUAUCCCAGCGCCGGUGACCUCUCCUCCCCGUCUGACGUCAGUGAAGCCGCAUGCGCGGCAAGUGCCCACGCGCGCAUUCAAGCUGUCAAUAGGAAAGCCUUUUUCAAUGCUUUCUUAUAGACGCUCUGCGUGAUGGAGGCGUAAUAUGCCUCCAGCGUCGCAGAUGCGCCUUUAGUGGCUGUCCGGAAGACAGCCACUAGUGGCUGGCUUAACCCCAAAUGUAAAUAGAGCAGUUUCUCUGAAAUACCAGUUAAAGUGUGAAUGUUGAUAAGGUUUGCAUGUGUUAGAGUUUCACCAUAUAACCAUAGCGCUAUCACUAAUUUUACAGUAACAAGAUUAACAGAUAUUAAAUAGCUAUACAGCAAUCCAUAGACUUUCCAAGGGGGUUUAAACCAGCUGCUCAUUUUAAGGGCCUGUAAAAUGUACAUAACCAAUUUAAAAAAAAAAAAACGGUUUGGACAUUUUUCAUUAGUGGGUAAGAAUAAGAAAAUUUACUAUUUUUAAUAAGUUUCUCCUAAUGUAAAUGCCCAUAAUAAAAACAGAUAGCGAUGGGCUUCAAAACCCAUAAUUCUCCAGAAUGAUGGGAGUUGUACUGCAGCAGUAUACGGGAAUGCACUGAUUAAUACGCACCUGCGACCUGCGUAAUCUUAAAAUUCCAGGUGAUUUAAAUCCCAAUUUACCUGUGCUAAAAUCUUAAAAAUGGCUUUUUUUAAGAAUAUGCAAUGAUACUCGUGCAAUAAGGAGUUAUGAGUCUCACACUAAUUUAAUGAUGGCUGGUAGUAGCCUUGUGAUAACAUUAUAACCAGGAGAUUUACAGAUUUAGAAAGCUUACUCCUGUAGUUUUUCUGAUCGACAAGCAAUUAACUAAUAAAUAUUAAUAAAUCAUUGGCAGAGACUUGCUGUCAGAGAGCAGCGACUGCAAGUAUGUAUCUUAUAAAAGCACUAUAUUGUUACAUCGUGGCUAGUGUGUGGGCAAAGAAAAUACUGUAUCACAGAGACUGUAAGAGAAUGCCCAAAAGGUGUAUGAUUAGAAGAUAGUUGCUGCAAAAGAGAUAUUAUUGCAGACACAAUUAAAGGGGAAACUGGCAUUUAAAAAAACAACAACAAAAAAAAAACCACCCACCAUUAUGGCCUUGAAUAUUAUUUUGAAAUGCACACUGAUCAUUACUCCUUCUAGUGCAUUUCCUGACAUGACAUUGCUCAGUUGCGACACAUUUGGUCACAUAAGUGGUGCUUCUGACCAAACACCAUGCAAUAAACUAGUGUGUGUUCACAGGUAUUGAUAUCAUGCAAGCCCUGGGCAUCUGAGAAAUCCACUCUGAUCUGCUUAAAGCGGUUUGUUUUGCAUAGUCUACAGUGAGAUAAGCAGUGCAGUGGUAAGCAAUGAGGGGCACUGAAAAGAUAUAUGCAGUACAAAACAAUAUAAUCAGGCUGUAACAUAUCUAAUGAUCGAUGUUUAAAAAAACAAAGAGGACUGUUUUUUUUUUUCUUUUAACGUAUUGGUGCAAAUAGUGAAAUAUUAGCAGCAGAAUGAGGCAAUUUGGUAAUAAAGGAUGAUGGUCCAGCUGUUUGAUAAACACAAUGUGAUCAAUAUAUGUCAGUUUUAACAUUUUUCUUUUUUUUAAAAAAAUGUAUUUAUUUAUUUAAACGCACAGUCAUUAUUUCAGUAUACUGCCGGCAAAAUACAUACCCCAUUGAAAUCUGAUGAUUGAAAAUGGCUGUCUCAACAGAGAUUAUAAAAAAAAAUAUUGCCGUCUGGAAAUAGCUCUGUCACUGGCAAGUAUUGAGAAGCAAAAUAUUCUUCAAUUUAUCUGGUCAAAGAAAAGGAAAAAAUAGACCCUUGAGUCACAUUAUGUUAAAGCGGAUCAGUCAUUUUCUGAAGUAUUUUAGGUGAUAUCUCCACUUCGCGUCUAAUGCAUGUGGGGUGCAGUGGAAAGUAGUUAUACUUACCUGAAACUGCCCCUUGUGGCAGUAGCAGCCAUUUUCUGUCUAUUUCUUCAAACAUGGCUCCUGGUGUUUCAUGUGCCAGAAGCCGCACCAUCAUUGUACUCCAUUGAUCACGCCCCAUGAGUGAGAUGAUGCAUGAAUCUUAAAAAUGUCGCUGGCAACGACAGCUGGGAUUUGAUCAAAGUUAAUGGCGAAGCUAUGCCUUUUGUCAACAUCAGGUACCUACUUUUUCUUAUAUGUUUGGAAUGCGCAGGAAUUUCUAUAAAACUCCAACAUUCCAUCUUCUGAAAUACUCGGAAGUGACAAAGCUGCUUUAAUCAGUAGUAUCCGUAUUCUGGGAGCACCGAUAUCUCUAGUUUGGAAACUUGCAGUUUAUUUCAAUGUUUUAUCAGUUGUGUAUGAGUGUAAAGUUUAUUUUAAAAUGGUCAGAUUGUAUUUAGUAACAAUAAUCCCUUUUAGAUUUUAUUUUUCUUAGUUCUCUCUCUGGACCUUUUGUCUGUUAAAUCCCUAAUUUGAAUACAUACUAUGAGAUUGGCUGUCUGACAUGGUUCAGCCUUUAUUGAUUCAGCUCCUGUAUGGCACUGUCACAGCUCUGUAAUCUGUUAUUACUUGGAACAUUAGAGUCAGUUUACACACUAUGUGUUUGUCUAAAUAACACAAUGUGAUAUUGCUAUUGGAGUUUGGUUAUGCUUGGCAUUAAAUGUGUUUUCCUGCUGCUGUAUUGAUCUAAAUGGGUUACUUUUUUUAUUAUUUUUCUGACUUCGAACCCUCUUGGGACUAAAAACAGAACAAUUUUAUCCCUCUGUGUUUAUUUUGAAAAUGAAAUUCCAAGCACCUGGUAUUUUAUUUAUUUUUGUGACUUCAAACCAUCCUUAAAGGGACUCUCCAGGUAAACAGUUUUACUCACCUGGUUCCAGCGCCGGGGAGCCUUGUGAAGCCGCGCCCCCUAUUUCGUCAAAAUGGCGAAAUAGGCGGGCGCGAGCAGGGAGCAAUCAGACGCUUCGCCGCACAUGCGCAGAUACUUCUGAGGGUUGCUGCCCUCUGAAGUCCUGAGUGCACUACCGCGCAUGUGCGCGGCCGUGAGCUGACUGACAGCUCAGCUCGCAGUCUUUGCCCGCCCCCUCUCCUCUGCUGACAGGCAGAAGAGAGAAGGCGCGCACACAGUGCCUUCUCUCUCCUGCACACGUCAGACAUAUUUUAAUACGUCUGAAGUGUACAAGGCUUUUUUAGGGCCCUGCAUGAUUGGAAGUCCCUCUGGUGGCCGUCUGAGUGACGGCCACUGGAGGUAUUCCUAUCAAUCAGUGUAAACAGAGAAAAUACAGAUUAGAUUGCCUGCAGGGAUCUAUAGAUCAUACCUGAACAACUACAUUAAGCUGUAGUUGUUCAGGUGACUAUAGUGUCCCUUUAAACUAGGCACAGGACAUUUCCUUUUAUUUUUUUAUUUUUAUUUUUAUUUUUUUGCAGUCAUAUGCUAAAAUUCCUGCAGGUACACCCCCCUCCCCCCCGCAACCUGCCUACUUUUUAUGUUGUAGGGGAGUGUUGCUCAUCCAUUAACCUGUGUAAUACUAUUUCUGUGUCCCUCUCCUUUUGCGUUUGUAUGGGGUUAUGCUGUACGUGAAUGUGUUCCUUACAAAGAGAGGUGCAUGGCAGAUUUGACCUGCCAAAGUUUCACUAGUGCCAGCAAAUGAAUGGAGAAUUGGAGUAAAAAAAAAAAAAAAAAGCUGCUCUGUUGCCACUGUUAAUUAGUGCUAAUUGUUUAAUUCAUGUGUUUCAUGAAUGAAACUACCAGUUAGUAGUUCUGUAUGUGUGGUUUAAAAACUAGUAGCUCAGCUACAUAAACCAUUCCGUUUCUCCCAAACUGCAGUUGGUCUGAAUUUUGGGCCUUCUGUGCACAAGUCUACUGUUCAGGUCUGAAGCAAGGUAUAGCUAUUUUGUCAUUACAGAAAAUCCCUAUGCAAUCCUGUGGUUUUUAAGCCUUGCGUCAAGACUGCAAUAUAUGUCUUCAUGCUAGUUCAUUGAGUCUUCAGUGCUUGGAAGAGGCACCUCAUUCAUUGAUCAGCUCUGGCUACAAUAACUUGUUUGCUAUUGGGCCUUCCCCAGAGUAGUGUAGGCCAACCUAGCACUUGGAAGAGUCAAAUUAACAUAUUGAAAUGUAUUUUAAUGUUACUUAUAAUAAUAUGAACAAUGGUUACAGAGUUAAAUGUUCAUUACAUGGCUUCCUAUCAGAAGUUUAAGAAGCGCCGACUGAUACUAUUUACAUACAGUUGCAAGAAAAAGUAUGUGAACCCUUUGGAAUGAUAUGGAUUUCUGCACAAAUUGGUCAUAAAAUGUGAUCUGCACUGCACUGUGAAUGUUUACAUGGUGUGUUCAAUAAAAACAUGGCAACAUUUCAUUCUGUGUGUGUUAUUAGUUUAAGCAGACUGUGAUUGUCUAUUGUUGUGACUUAGAUGAUUAUCAGAUCACAUUUUAUGACCAAUUUGUGCAGAAAUCCAUAUCAUUCCAAAGGGUUCACAUACUUUUUCUUGCAACUGUAUAGACAGAAACUUUCUCGGACACCUGUCUAUGGGCAAUGAGCAGGGCUAUAGCAUAAUAUAGGAAAACAAGCACUGAUUGUGUGGAUUGUUUGUUGUUCCUUUUAUUUAUCGAAUUUUUUUUUUUUUUUUUUUAUAAUCGAUAAAUCUGUUUAUAUCGGCUACGCAUGUUUAUUUGAUUAAAGGACCACUAUAGUGUCAAACAAACUCGUUUUCCUGACACUAUAUAAUCCUUAGGUCCCCCACUUCCUGCUGGGCUGAAGGGGUUUUAACCCCUUCAGCCACUUACCUUUAUCCAGCACUGGUGUCCUCUCCUCCCCCUCCGACGUCAGCUCCCGAGUGGAGCCGAAUGCGCAUGCACGGCCAGAGCCACGCGCGCAUCAAAACGCCCAUAGGAAAGCAUUUCUCAAUGCUUUUCAUGUGGACAUUCUGCGUGCUCGAUGCGAUUUUCGCAUUGAGUGUCUCAGAAGCGCCUUAGGAAGACAGCCACUAGAGGCUGGAUUAACCCUGCAAUGUAAACACAGCAGUUUCUCUGAAACUUCUAUAUUUACAGCUGCAGGGUUAAUACUUGGGGUACCUGGCACCCAGAUCAAUUCAUUGAGCUGAAGCGGUCUGGGUGACUAUAGUGGUCCUUUAAUAUUUCCUUACAAAAUGUGUAGAAUUAAGUUAGAUAAUUAAGGCAUACUAAUCCGCUGUGGUGAAGAAAAAAUCUUUAGGCAUGGUUAGAGUGUUUUGGCCAAAGUAUUCAAUAUUUAGUGAAUAAAACCAUUUUAUUGGUGAAAUCUGCUGACUGAAUUCUUAUUCCUGCCAGAAGCUGUGUACAUAUCAAAAUAGUGUUUUCUGUUCAGGUUUACAACUAAUUUUCUUUUUAUUAUAACCGAUCUUUUACAUUUAAAUUUAAUUGUUGCUUUAUAAUUUAUUUGUUGGUUUGUGAUCGCCCCGUUCUUUUAUAUCACUUAACAUUCCUUGUUAUUUCACAGAGUGUCACUGGCUUCGGACGUCAAAUGAUCGAGAAAACAAAACAACUAGUGGAAUCGAAAUAUACAACGGACAACGGAUACAAGGCAGACGCCAAGGUAAAGCGCAAAGUUGCUGAAAAAGUUGACUGAGGUUAUGAUUCAGUGAUUUUUAAAUAUUUAACUUCAUAUUAUAGGAACCACAAUAGGUAUUUCUUUCUGGGACAUAAGUGGGUAAUUCACUACAUUUGGAAAUGUGGAUUCGUUAACAUAGAAUGCAAAUUUGAACCCCAAAAAAGUGGAGUUGCAGAAUUCACAGUGUAUAUGUUUGUAAAUGACAUUGAUUAUUAAAGGGCCAGUCUUGGAACCAUAAACCCACAGCAUGCUUUAGUGUUUAUAGUGCCUGGUUUCCCUUGGCACCUCCCCCCACCCCAGGUAAGAGUCAUAACUAUUUUUGAACAGUUACUUACCUGGAACCCUUUGGCUUCUCUGUUCCAGUGCUCUCUUUAAGUAUAUCUAAAGGGGGAAUUCCCCUUCUACUAUACAUCUCAAUGUGGUGGUCCCUAUUUGGAUGGGAUUCAUAGGCUGAGAGUGUCCACUGGAAUUCUCAACCAAUGAAUUCUGUUCACACAUCUGCAGAGCUAAUGCCACAAAUGCGAAGGUAGAAACUUCUGUAUUGGCAAUAUCCAGAGAGGAGGCUGGAUCAGAGGUGCCUGGGGGGACCCAAGUAUGUAUUGUAAAGCUCUGCGGAAUAAUCUGGCGCUAUAUAAAUACCAUUCAUAAUAAUAUAGUGUCAAACUGUUUAAAAACCAUUUUAUUCCGCCUGUGGGAUGGUAACAGAACCUCUACAAGGCACUGUAGUGGUUAUGGUGCUUAGGCUGCCCCUUGACUAGUUUGACCCGAAACACCAACUGCAGUUUGAAAUUGUUGAUUUGGUUUUAUGACCAAUAACUGCAAUGAAUGAGUUAAUCAGUAAAGUGUGACUUUUCAGGAAUUCAAAGUUUACUUUAAAUUUCAGACCAGAAUAGCAGAGCGUUAAAUCGUUGACUUGGAGUAAUGUUCCCAAUUCAGCUAUUUUAGCUUAAAAAUUCUUAUUCACUUGGAAAACCUGACAGUAAUCACUUUCCCUAAUAAUACCUGAAUGUAAAAAAUAAGUUGGAUUCUAACAGAAUCUUGAAGGUCAGUCCUUUGAGUGAAUCUUUAGAUCAGAAAUACUGAGUUAGGUUGUUUUAUUUGUUUUACCUGGUAACGAAGGGGAAUGUAACAUGCUUUGGUACAUAUGUUAUCUGGUGUCACGUUAACUAUAACUACUAUUGUCUAUCUCCUCUGUAACCCUUUGCUGUCUGACAGGUGAUUUAUGGAGACACAGACUCCGUAAUGUGCAAACUUGGCGUUCAGACUGUGGCUGAAGCAAUGGAGGUUGGCAAAGAGGCGGCAGAAUGGGUAUCCAGCCACUUCACCCCACCCAUAAAACUGGAGUUUGAAAAGGUUCGUAGCCUGCAGCUGCCUUACUUGUAAAUGUUUUUUUUUUUUUGCAGCACAACCAACUUUGGACUAAUUCUCGUUAGUCUUAAAGGCACCCUGACCAUUAAUCUCAUUGAAGUAGCCCUGUCCCCUUAACCCUGCUAUGUAAAACUUUGCAGUUUUAGAGCAAGUGGCUGUCUGGUCUUUGACAGAGUUUAACCCUGUGAAACAACACUGGAUGUCCUCACGCUUUGCUUGAGGGUAUCCAGCGUCUUGAAAACCCCCACUGAGUCAAUGAUUUCCUAUGGAAUGCAUGUGCAUUAGGUUCGCGCAUCACUGUGACAUCACAGGAGGAGGAGCCCAAUCAAGGGACUUCAGUGUUGGAAUUGGCUAAGUAAAAGUAACCAUUUCUUGACUUGGUGGGAGGGAGGUGCAGAGGCAGACACUUAUAGUGUUCCUUUAAGAGUUCACUUAAAGGGAGACCUUACUUUGCUAUUGAUACAUCCACAUUCUUUUUUUCCAUUAAAACUAUGACAAAAUAUCUUUUUUUUUUUGUCCGUUUAUAUAUUUUCUUCCCCAGGGUCUUGUUAUACCGAUCUAUGUAAUUUGUACAUAAUGAUGUACAUUUGUACUUUCACAACAUUUUAGUGGUGCAUUGUUACUGUUGCCUUGGUUUAUUUUUUUUUAAAACAGCCAAAUAAAAUUAAUUAGAAGGGAAAAAGUUGCCAAAACAUCUUUUUAUAAGGUUGACCGUAAAAAGGAAACCAUUCUCAUUCAAUCACUGCUUUUCCAUAGAAAUACAUUGAAAUAGCGCUAAGCAUGUGGGUGAGGGACAUCAUGCCGCUCCAAUUCUCUGGACUUUAUGUUCACAUUGUUACAUUUCAGUACUUUAACAUGGAAUUGUUUGACCCCAAUAUAAUUUUCUCUUCCCCAAAACUAAACUUGAAAACGCUUUCCUUCAGCAAAAUGAAUAUCUUUGAUCACAUGAUGGACUGCAUAGGUGAAAUAUUGGCCGCUUUAUGCAAGUACCGUGCCUAAGGGAUGCAACAUCCAACCACCAAAGGUUAUUCCCUAAGGAAUGAGUUGUUGAUACAUUUCAGGUUUUAAACCAAAGUAGCAAAACUUUACAAAUGUAUUUUUUGUGCUUCGUUCCCCAAUUUUGUCCCAAAAUUUAAAAUUUGCAUAGAAUUGCUGCGCAUGUCCCACUAUAGAGAAUAAUCUUGCUUGAUAGUGUUAUACAAUGUAGCUGGUCCCAAAUACCUGCAUGUUUAAAUCAAGUUUGCCUCUUGCACAUCCCCGCUGCUUUUCCCACUCUUGCUACCCAUGACGGGAUGAUGACCCCCUCUCUGGGAGUAAGGCAGCUACUGGGAGGGAGAAUACAAUUAUUGCUAUUUUUAAAUUUCCUGACUUGGAACAUUUUGAAUUGGGUGCAUCCUAAUUUAAAUCACAUAGGACAAACCUAGGAGUCUAGAAGUAUUUGGUACCAUCAUUAGGUAGACCGUUCCUGCUCUGCAGGUUUUGCAUUUCUAACAUUCUGCAGUUUAAGGCACUUCACUUGGUGUUUGCUGUUAGUCAUUGUAAUGUCUUUCUGUAAUAUUUUUUUGUCCUGUGUUUUUCCAGGUAUAUUUCCCUUACUUGCUGAUCAACAAAAAGAGAUAUGCAGGGCUCUAUUUCUCUUCUAGCCCAGACACUCAUGACAAAAUGGACUGCAAGGGAAUCGAGACGGUCCGAAGGGACAACUGCCCUCUUGUGGCCAAUCUCAUCAAUACCUGUCUGCAGAAGAUUUUAAUUGACAGGUAUGGAAUCGCAGACAUAACAGGGCCCUUACAGAUACUUAUAGCUCCACGAAGAGCGAAUGAAUAUUGAAACGCAUAAACAAAAAGCAGCAUUGUCACUUGUGGAGUCUUUAACAUUUUUUGCAAAAACACCACAAGGUGGCAUACCCGUUUGAAUAUGGGUGCUGGAGGGGGGAGCAAAUAGGGGAUAUGCUUAUGUUAAACAUCCCUGGUGACUUCAUCUGCCACAAGUCAUCAGUCCUAUUGUAAUCCUAUGCGCACAUAAGCGAGACCUUCCAUAUAUAAUAUUGCACACACGCAAUAAGGUACUAGAGGCAUCUACUGUGCAGCAUGAUCCCUGUUCCCAUCAGCUGUAUUGACAGAUGGCUUAUGGGAAUUGGUGGCAGAAGCACCACUUUUUACUAAAGAUUGCAAACUGCAUCAGAUCGAGUAGUGAAUUAAAAUUAGUGAAAAUAAGUUAUUUUACUAAAGAUUCUUUAUCUAUGAAAUGUUAAAAAGCCAAUUUAAAAUAUCAAGCAGACAUUCCCUGCACCAAAUAGUUGGCAGUGUAACAUUGCAUGGUCAUCUGAAUUUGACUCUACACUCUUAUAUAGCAAUAUAUAUCAUUUAAGAAAUGUAAAUAUGUUUAUCCUGUUUGAUUCCUCAUCCCCCCACCCCCCCUUCUCUCUCUCUGUAAUUGUAACUGUAAAGGUUUUUGGGAGUGUGGGUGGAAACUGACCAAUUAGCGAUUAUUACAGCUAAAUGCAGGGUAGCUUGGUUAGAUAAAUAUAAUCUGUUUGGAACAUGGUGUUACACUGACAUAUGGAAGGAGCUGUGUCUCUUUAAAUUCCUCCAUUUUUGCCUCUCAGCUAGCUUGCGUUGAUUCCUUGUGUGUACCAAUAUGUAUAAACUUUUAGGCCACUGUAAAAUUUGACGCUUGGUGAGCAAGCUUCAUUGUACUUUUCCUACCCAAUUCUGGGCUUGGUGUGUAAGACAAAAAGAAAAUGAUAUAGAAUAACAGACCCAGGGUUAAUUCUGACAUUUUUUUGUCCCUCCUGCCAUGGUGCUGACUGCACAUUUUAAGAAAUGCUGCAGAGGUUUGAGACACUCCUCUAUGGUAUUUUCAUUCAGAAUUGGUGCUUUAUGGAGACCCUGGGUGACCUAUUGGUACACCACAUUGAUUUGUUUUAUUUAUUUAUUUUUGUUUUUGUUUUUUACUUUUAGAGAUCCAGUGGGAGCUGUUGAACAUGCAAAGGACAUUAUUUCCGAUUUGUUGUGUAAUCGUAUAGACAUCUCCCAGCUGGUGAUAACCAAGGAGCUCACAAGGACUGCGGACGAGUAUGCAGGAAAGCAGGCCCACGUGGAGCUGGCAGAGCGGUAGGGAAGCUAUAGCGGGCAUAUUGGCGCUUUGUGCGGAUUUUUCUCCUGAUUUUUUUCAUUACAUUUUGAGUCAUACAGAAACAAUAUUUCAAUACAGAAAUACAAAUAAAAGCUACAUAAAAGCUGGCCAAAGGUUCCCAGUCCCACUUCCAAAGAAUGUGGCUUUAUGUAGCAGCUCAAUAGUUGACCGAGCAGAUAAAUCUGCCAUGUUGAGUGUUUUUAUAAGUUCCAUAGGUUAUUUAUCUCAAUAGACACUCUGGUGACAUAGCCGCUGGUGGUCCGCUGGCCAGGGGGGCAGGUAAUGGGAAAAUUAACUUACCAGAACUUGUCCCUUUUGGGUGAGCCAUCUUCCUUCGAAGAGUCUUCUUCAGCUCUUCACAGGAGCCAAUAUCACCGAGGUCUAUGAAAUGCAUAUUGACUUAUAUCGGGAUGUGUUUUCACCAUGGAAAACAACGCUUGGACCUAGGGUGGCAAGAUUCAGUUGUGUCCCCAUCAAUUGUUUGCUGCUGCCCACUGUAGCUCUUAAUGAGCCAAAGGAUCAGGUGGCUGCAGUGGGAAGCAGCCUUGUUAUAUUCUCACACACUGGUGUGUUUGUAUGUUUCCACCUGUAGUUUAUUAAUGCAUUACAGUACGGGUGAGAGGCUGUGUAACAUGUGAGUGUGUUGGUUUGUCCAUGAUGGAUUCAUGUAUUUAUGCUAGUGGUGUGGGUGUGUGUAUGGAUGUGGGUGGUGUGAAAUCUACUUGACAGGAUUAAGCUGUAUUAGCCUGUCUCAGUAUUGAGUCAUCUUCACAAUUCCUUACCCUCUGCAUUAACCAACUUACGUUUCCCACAAGGUGUAUUCUUGAAAAUGUCUAUUCCAAGAUAAGAGGCCACACCAAAUCCUCCAGACUCUUCUUGUUUUGGAGUUUAUACAGUUAGUUGGUCUGAGAUGAGUCAAUAUUUAUGGCAGUUAAGACUCUUAUCUAGAAUUGCUUUGCAUGAAAUGCCCUUAAAGGAUCACUAUAGGGUCAGGAACACAAACAUGUAUUCCUGACCCUAUAGUGUUAACACCACCAUCUAGCCCCCCUGGGCCCCUCAAGCCUCAAUAAAUAUAGCAAAAUCUUACUGUAUUCAAGCCAGAAGCUGUAAAUCUGCGUGCUGUUAGACUCAGAAAAUCAAGUAGUGUGGUAGCCUGAGCCAAUCACAAUGCUUCCCCAUAGGAUUGGCUGAGACUGACAAGGAGGCAGAUCAGGGGCAGAGCCAGCAUGAUUCAAACACAGCACUGACCAAUCAGCAUCUCCUCAUAGAGAUGAAUUGAAUGAGUAAAUCUCUUUGAGGAAAGUUCAGUGUCUACAUGCAGAGGGAGGAGAUACUGAAUCACAGGAUGCUGUGCACAGUGCUGCCCUGUGCUCUGCUGACAGCAGAUCUGAGUGGAUGGAGGCAUAUUAUUCCUCCAUCAACUCCGAAGUCCCUCUUGUUCACUCUGAGUGACUGCAACUGGAGGUGUUCCUAGCUUUCAAUGUAAACACUGUAUUUUCUGAGUAAAUACAGUAUAUCAGUGAGAGAGCCUGCAGGGAGCUAUAGUUCUCACCUGAACAACCUCAUUAAGCUGAAGUUGUCCCUUUAAGUGCCUUUUCAGAAGGCAGGUGUUGACUUUAGCUACAGUGGCCUAAUAGAAGCAUGCAAAAAUAAAGUUGCACAUAAAUAAGUCAUAUCUACAUCUGUUUACAGACGUGGCAAGCGGUUUUACACAAAUAUGAUCAUCUGCUUUAAAUAGAUCUAUAUAAUCCAACAAACACCAAUAAGGAACCUCCACCUCCCAGAUUCCCAAAAUAGAAAAACAAGAAUAAUUCUUGAUACUCUUUAAUGUUUCAUACCUCCCAAGUGUCCCAAUUAAGGAGGGGUAGUCCUUAUUUUGUGUCCAUAUCCCUCUAUCCUAAUGUUCUCUUCAUUAGGAACUAUACACUUUAUGGUGUGACUGUAUAUUUAAUAGAGCAGCAUAGCAAUAACACCAACAGUAACCUUUUAAACUGCUAUUAAUGUUUUUAGAAAUCAGUCUCUGUAAAAUAACUUUUGGGUUGUUUUUUUUUUUUUGUUCUAAUUAGAUUUAAAUUUUUAUAUUGGAUCAUGAAGUCUCAUAAAAGCUCAAAAUAGCCCUGCCACUUGCUAUACAGCUGGCUUCACUCUGGCCAUUUUAAUUCUUCGGAUUUAUGACCCAUUCAGGUCUUCAUCAAGUCUUGAAACGAAGGAGUUUAAAUGUGUCCGAUCACUUUGAUAUUGAGAAAAUGGAAGAGUAUUGGGAUUUAUGCUUUAGUUUAUAUUUAGGGGAGUUCAUGGGCAAUUAUUGUUGUUAUGGAAUAGCCAAACCUUUCCUGCCCUCUCUGUUUAAAUUGUCUAAGAGUUGGGGCACAGACUGGCAUUUUCAGUUGCUUUAUUCAAUGUGACCUCUCAAUCCAGGCAAACAUGCCUACAGUGUGCCGGUGAUACUUCAUUUUAUUCCAGGUUUCCAAGGGAAAACAGGAAAGCUUAAUUGUGCGAAAUAUAAUUCAGGAACCUCUGCUUUGCCAAGAGUAAGCAUUAUGGCAAUAGGAUCACUACUUUACAUCUUCUGAAGUUGCUUUCUGAGAACCACACUUAAUCUGUCAUACUCAGGGAAGGUGGAACCAUUUUCUGGCACUCCCGUGUCCUGCAAUAAGCACCUUCUUACCGCGCCAUUCAGCUGGCUGUUACUAACCCCGGCAAAGCCUGUGCUUAUCCGUGCGUGACGGAGGGGAAACGCAGAAAUAACUUGUCCCACCCAGAGCAGCAGCUGUGUCUGCAACCGUCUGUUGUUGUGGAAGAAGGUGUGGGGGGGGGGGGAGCGUGUGGAAAGAAAUAUGGGGGAUUAUUCAGUGAGCAGUGAAUUAUAGUGAAUUGAAAACCAAGUUGCAAAAAGUGGUUUGUUUAAAAAAAAAAAAACAUUUUUAAAUCCAAAAUUAUUUUUAAAAGUUCUAGCUUGACUAUUUUAACCUUAAUUUUGCAACUUGCUUUUCAACUUGAAUGUGCUGUUUAGUAAAUAAACCCCACCGCAGUGCUGAAGUUAGACAUUGCAAAUACUUCCUGUAGACUUAAUUUAGCAAUGGCUUUAGGCAAGAGUUUAAUCAUAAUUCCCCUUUUUCUUCUUUCUUUAAGGGACUCUUCUUAUAAAUGUACCUUCUUUGAAAUAAAAAAAGUAAAAAAAAAAAGGCCAGCGUUCAUUUCAGCGAAAUGCUUACUUCAGUUAAAAGAAUCCUAAAUGAAAAAAAUAUAUGAAAAAGUUCAGUAUUAUUGGCACGUGACUGUUAUUGUUAUAAAAGGAUUCUCGAUUAAAUCACACACGCAGACUCGUACACACAUUGCAUAAAACAAAUUUUAACUCCAUUUAAGCGGCAAUGUGUCUGGACCUUUCAGAAUUUGCAAAGACCCCCGCGGUGACAUAGCCGCUGGUGGUCCGCUGGCCAGGGGGGCAGGUAAUGGGAAAAUUUACUUACCAGAACUUGUCCCUUUUUGGCGAGCCAUCUUCCUUCGAACAGUCUUCUUCAGCUCUUCACAGGAGCCAAUAUCACCGAGGUCUAUGAAGGAUCCAGCGGGGUCCUCUGUAGACAGAGCAAAUUACUAGCAGCCCUCACUGGUGACUGCUGUCGAGAUUGACACUGUAGCUCUGCCCAGUGUCUAAGAAAGUCAGGCAGAGGAAAUAUUCAGAAACAAAUUAAAUCCCUACUUUCUCUCUGUGUAUCGGUUAACUGGGUUGUAAUUUUAAUGAAAUUCCAGCAUAGUCAAAAUAAGUAUUUCAUAAAAAUUCUAUCUUUAUAAAAUGCUAAUUUUUCAGGAGGGGUGACAUUGCUGCUUUUAAGGAAUACUAAGCACAUAGCUGUUAUCGUAGCAUUAUAUUGUCCCUCAUGUUGGGAACACAAAAUCUAUUUAUAUGUACACCCUAUUCUAGAGCGCAGCACUGAAUGUAAAUAACAUGUACAAGUAAAAAUUUAAAAAAGAUUUGGGGAAAAUUUAUACUUAAUUAUCACUGGGUUUCUUUUCAUAAAUCAUUGUCGUUUGCUGUACUAGUUCAUAGAAUUAUGUUGGUUUUAAAUUUUUAUGCAAGGUGUACCUACCAUGGUAAUCACAUCAUGUUAAAUGAAAAGAUAGUGCAUUGCAUCCCCAAAUCAUGCAAGCAAAUGUAUAGAUUUUAAGAAAAUAAAACACUGACCUUUCAACACACCUGACAAUCCGUUCUCAGUAUAGAGGCCUGUGUAAAUGUAACAACUGACAGGGGAGAGCAGGAGAACCCUCCCCCAAUAAAUGUGUACGGUGGGGGAAAAAAAAAAAUCAUGACAUUGGCUCAUAUAAAUUGCAAUUGUUUAAUAUUUUCUUUUACUGUAAAAUGGUUAGACAACGGUUAGUGGUUCUCUAAGAUGCAAAUUAGUUCUAGUCUUUAAAGGGCAGUCCAGGCACUGACACACAUUUGUGGAAUUGAUAGCUAAUGCUGGUUUUCUCCACAUCCAGAUUUUCUUAGUUUUGCUUAAAUAUAUGUAUAUGCACCACUCCCUGAAGCCACAACUCCUCUUCUCACAAAGCAACUUCUUUAUUGGGGUGCGUACUCCGCUCAGUUUAUUAGAGAUAAGUGUGAACUGAGCUGUGGACGUGACCCCCACAGCCAAUCACUUUCCUUGACACUAAGUAAGCAGAUCCCCGUAGUGACUGUACUCUAUGCCGGUAACAGGAUACAAAACAUUACAACAAUGUUUAUAAUAAGUGUCCGUUGUGUAGUCUUUAUUUAUGUAAAACACUUUUCAUGGGUUUAAAGAGCUAAAAAGACAAAGAUACAAAUAAUACACAGUUUAAUCUGGAGUUCCUUAAUUUUAAAUGUAGAAUGGCAAACACACCGCCUAAUCUGUGCUUACUAAAACAAACAAAUGCUGCCACGUACAAAAGUUAACACCUUAAGGACACAUGACAUGUGUGACAUGUCAUGAUUCCCUUUUAUUCCAGAAGUUUAAAGGGUUAAACACAUGUGCUGAUUCUGCCAAUGGGCUGUAUUUUGGGAUAUUCACUGUGGAAGAAAUAUUACCACAAGAGCUUUAUUGUAAGGUUUUAUUUACCAGCAAGCUCACACAGAAAUUAAGCAAAGGAAAUUUAGAAAUAGUUGGAUAAAUUUGAAAUAGUGUGUGUGUGUGUGUUUUCUCAAUGAUGUUGUGCUGUAAGCCUGUCCUCUUCGUUUUCAUGUCCUGCAGGUAGAGGAUCUGUAUUGUAGAUUACUGCGGGUUUAUACAAUUUGUACAGCCUGAUGAUCCAGUGUUGUGACCAAGCGCUUUAAGCCAGUCCUCGAUGGGCUGCUGCUUUGCAGUUAUAAAAGGUAUAUUGUUAAUUGGGGGUUCAUGGAGCACAUAGAAUCAUAUAUUCUAUACUUGUGCUAUAUUGUGACCCCGUUACCCACUUAUUUACAAUAUAGUUUCUUUAGCUGAAGGACAGGCAGUCCGUGAUGGUUAGUAAAUAAAACGGAUGCGAGGAAUAUGCUGUUGAAAAUAUACUUCCACCAAAUUAUCUGCUGUAUGAUGAUAUGACAGCCAAAAACCAAUCAGUCCCCAAGGUUAGUGUGGAAGGGGAAAGGAGGCAUUGAAAAUGCACAACUGAGCUCACAAUAGUGUAAUGAAAGCUUUGUCAGUCCAUAUAAACAUUUUCUACAUGUUAUGUUGGAUAUCUUGGGGAUAUUCCAAACAUCUGGGAGCCUUUUUGUUGUUGUUGAUAUGCUUGGGUUUUUUUUGUCUGUGUUUUUGCUAUUAAAUCCCACUUUGUAGUUUAAAAAAAAAGUUGAUCGGUACCUGCCCAUUUCUCGAGGAAGACACAUGUCCGCUUGCCUAUUUUUUAUUCUUUCACACAUUAUUGGUGUGACAGGCCUCAGUGCUUACUGACCAGGUGUUCCUGCCCUCAUCCUCCCCCUCCUUUCUGUGGUAUGGCAAGUACCUUGCGCACCUUUCCUCUCCCACCCACUUUGGUUGUUGAUGUGGGUGGGGACAUUGUAAGCCUCACACUUUGCGCUCUAUUGCCUUUGCUUAAGCAGUGAUGGAUUCCCCUGGGUAUCUGUGUGCAGCUCUCAGACGACGUACUGUUGCAGACGUAAUUCUAAACAUUUUGUGUGGAAGCCUGUAUGUUACUUUAUGCGUCACUGUACCUAAUCUUUUCCAUUCUCCCACUCUCCCUCAAGCAAACUGAAAUUGUAACUUACUUGCAACAAGUCAUUUACAGACUACAGCUUAAUUAAAAUAAACCAUUAUCGGCAUAAAAACAACCAGCCUUUAGUUAAUUAGUAGAGCGUAAUGGAAAUGACGGUUUAGAUGUUUACCCCAUAUUUAUCGUUGUGGGGCGGGAGGGGUGGGGUUUGUUUUUUUACAUUCUCAUUAAUUCCAUUAAAUGGCAUAGGAGUUAUCUGAUUGGAUAGGAGAAUUAAUCUAGUAACAAAUACAUAAUAUAGGUUGUGUUUUUUUUAUUUAUUUACAUCCAUUUUCGAUCAGUAGUGGAGUGGCGGUCUACCACCCAGUAUCUUUUUUUUUUAUUUUAAGAGUAAUUGUUGUGGGUUCAUGAAAUAGUAUACCUUUAGUUGUCGUAUCUAUCGUUCAGCCAAUAGCAUAUCGGAAUUAUUUAGUACUGUGCAUGUGUGUAUACAAGUGGCUACAAACCCCAGUCAUUCUAAGUUCUAGUGUAUGCUCUACGUUCUAGAACUAUUUAUCUCAAAUCCAAUUCUAGUGCUGAGAGAUUAUGUAGCUGAUCUUUCCCAUGUCCAUAUUACCUAUUGUUCUCUAUCGCGUCUUUGCAAGGCAGGUGUCUCUUGAGGUGUUAGCUCCACUGAGCUAAACAAACAGGAAGCAACAGGACCAGACAGCUAAAGGUGUAUAAUCUAUCUAUUGAAAUUAGCAAUUUUUGUAAAAAAAAAAUAAAAAGACACACUCUCUCAAUACAUCAAAAGUGCUUUAGGAGUCUAUAGUGUCCCUUUAAGUAAUUUUAUGUAAAAUAAAGUAAAGUGGAUUUUUUUUCUUUUGAUUUUGUUAAGGAAAUGCAAGUUUAGUAACUGGUAAAAAAUAAAAGUGGUUUCGAUAAUGGGAAUCUCUUCUUAAAACAUCCUACAGUGUAGGAAGGUUCCUUGUAGAGGAGAUGACCUGCUUUGGGAUCUAGUUGUAAGUCAGUUGGUGGGGUAACUUUACAUUUAUUUUGAUGACCGUUGGCAUCAGAGAUUUAGUCUUAAUUUUUUUUAUUGUGCUUUUUCCUCUUUUUCCUGCACAGAAUGCGGAAGAGAGAUCCGGGCAGUGCCCCAAAUCUAGGAGACCGCGUGCCGUAUGUCAUCAUCGGAGCAGCGAAAGGAGUGGCUGCGUAUAUGAAGUCCGAGGUGAGCACUUAAUGUGUGCUGUGAACAUUUUGUCUUCUGUUAGUGAAGUGCCACUCUCAACCACAUGGCCAGAGUGCCAUAACUGCUGUAUCUCAAGGGCUUUAAAUAAAGAGAUUUUUCUUUUUUUUAAGGAACAAGUUAUACAGUAGCACCAUGAUUGGCUGUAGACGAGGUGUUUAGAUUACCAAGGUUUUGGUAACUUAAGUUAUUUGUGUAGAAAUUCCCACAAUGAAUAAAACAUUGAAAGUCACCUAUAAUUUGUCAACCAUUUUUCAUGAGAUACUUUUUCCUUUUAAAUCUUUAAUAAAAGGUUACCCUAGGCACCAUAACCACUAAAACAUAGUGGUUGUGGUGCCAGAAAUCUGCUGGUGCCAUAUCGGUGUAAAAGGAAUACUGCAAGCACCAUAAUUAUUACAGCUCAUUGUGGUUAUGGUGCCACGGGUGCCAUGGCGCUUUUCCUGAAAAAGUAGGCACACCGUUUGAGAACAGACUGACAGUUUAUAGGAGGUCCAACGGGCGCCUUGUUCUGCAGAUCCAAGAGCUCCUCCAAGUAACUUAAGUUGGCUUCCCUGGGCAAAGCUCUGUUGUGCAGGGCCAGUUCUUUGGCUGAAAGCGUUGUCUCAAUGCAGGGAGCUUCAGGCUAGCGAGGGGGAGGUAUCUGCAUCCAGUGGGCCCUGGGUAGACUGUCAAACUGUUCGCCAGUGGUUUGACUACAUUCCCAACAAAGAAUCCAGGGUACUCCUGGCUUCAUAUGUUCCUUUAAGCUUCCAACUUGUUUUGAAUCGUUCAAUACUGGGUGUGGGAGCCUGCAGUCCAGUCUCUCUUCUUAGCAUUAAAGCAGAAGUUCCUUCAAAUAAAUCUGUCCUCCUUUGGAUGAGCUGACACUUCUCAGCCAAUGAAUUCCAUUCAAAGUUGGACACACCGUAAAGCUUAUAGGAGAUUGUGCAUGGGUAAGGCAGCAGUGAAUCUAAACAAGGAAUUCCAACAACCUUGUGACAAACUGUAUAAAACAAGACAAUUGAUAAACCGUGCCUAGGUAAAUAUAGUAUAUAUCCCUUACAAGUGAAAAAAAAAUAUAUAUAUAUAUAUGUAUAUAUAUCACAAAUAUACAUUAUUUUACGUAGUGCCAAGUAUCUUGGGAAUCAGAAAACAAAAAUAUAUAAUAGUGUAAAAAUAACUAUGUAACAGGCAUAUAAUAAAGGCACACUCACACUUUAUAGAGCUACUAAGAACUCUGCUGUAUUCAUCAUGGAUGGUACAAUCCCCAUCUCAGGAUAUAUUUUGCAGUAAUGAUGUUGUCUCUUCAGAUGUUAGCAUAAUAUGCAGAAACUAAAAAAAGAGAAUAUCCAGUGAUACAGUAUAUAUGAAUAGUGACCUUCUCAUAGACGAAGGUAAGCACUUACUUGGAGCAGAGCAAUAAACCUGCAUUGGUGGUAUAAUCCCCACCUGGGAUAUAUGGGAUUAGGAAACCACUGAGAUGUAUAGUAAGAAUCAAAAUAAAUUCCAAAUAAAGGAGAUUUUUAAAGGAUUAAACUUUUUAUUAAUUACAAAUAAAUAAAAUAGUAUAAAAGCAAUAUAGCAGCAAUAAACAAUAUGAAAUAAAGCUAUAAAAUCACACUAAAUGAGUUUCACCAUAAGGCUUCCAAUGUGUGGUGAUCUUUAGUGCAGCGUCAGAUUACAUAAGGGAUUCAGUGAUUGUUCAAUAAUUUCAGCUGUUAAUGGCGGAUGCUUAUUGGCUUCCUUGUAAAACUUAAAGUACUUCCUGUUUCGUGUAUUACCAGGAAGUGACAUCACCUGGAUCCUCAUGGGUUUGUAGAUAAUGCCUACUACAGGCCAUAGAGAUGUCACCCAGAAGUGACGUUUUGAAUAUUGUAUUGCCCGUACCUUUAAGGGCUUGCUGGAUACGAAUACAGAUUUAAUGUUUGGCUUACACUCCAUUUGAAUGUGGCGUCGCACCGAAUUGUCAGUAUUUGGACACAACUUGCUGCUAAAAUAGAAUAGGAACUUCACAGAUAUUUCUAAAACAGAAGAUUGGCCAGGCUUUGUGCAAAUUGAGAACCCAAGUAACUGUCUAACCGUUUAAAAACAGAUUGACUAUUAAAACUAGGCCGGCAACCAGGAGACUUCUGGCAUUAUAACACGCAUGCUGUGGUGGUUAUGGUGCUUAGGACGUGCUUUUAGAGGAUUGACAAUAGACAUCACAAUAGGUUUUAGUCCAUACACCACUUUUUCUCCUUUCUCUAUACUGACUGACCUGUACAAAGGACUGAACUUAUAACUAUACUUGCCAAGAAGCAAAAUGGAGGCGCUCCAUUUCAGGACAAACAUAAAUUGGAUUGUAAUUUUCAGAUCUCACAAAAACCACAAUUUAAAAAAAUCCUGAUAAAUUACGGUUUUCAUUUAAACUAAGCAGGCUGCAGAAAAAGCAUGUGAAAAUGUAUUUAUAUACAUUACAAACACCCAAUCGAAAAUGAAGAUAAAGUUUUUGUAGAAAUGGAAAUGUAAUGCAAUAUCUGUGCUUCCAUAACGGUCAUAACACUGACUCUUUUUAUAUGACUUACAAAAAUAGCUUGCAUGUAUUAUCACAUCUGUGUAUUGUUUACUAAUGCAUACAAUCUCUUAUUUUCAGCAAUUAGAAAUGCUAAUAGUUUUCCUUUAAGGAAAUUGAAAGAUCCAACUUGUGUAGCAACUGCAGAGCAGAACUGUAUGUAACUUCCAGUGUUAAAAGAAUUCUGUCAAGUUCUAUGGCUGUAUCUCACUGAGCGCUUCCAUUUAAUUAUCCCCCAUCGUGAGCAUGAGAUUACCUGACUGACGAUUACUCUGCUCUGCCCGGGAACACAUUCUAAGUAUCUUACUGCACAUUUACGUAUGGCAAUGACAGGGGAUGCCUUCGCAAUGAAAAUGCGUUAUGUGGCAAAGGGAUCUUUGGUCAGUUAAACGCUUGCUCUCGACCCAGAGUCAAUAAAAAUGGCAGCGCUUAGGAAGAAAGUGGUUUCCUUUAACCAGGACAUUCCAUGCUGACAUAAGGUCUUUAGACACCAAACUCUGAUCAUUUGAAAGUUCAGUGGGGGGGAAAAAAGGAGCAUAGAACCCAGACUAGAUCUUUGGUCGUAAAGACGAAUUUGAGUUUGCAAAAGGGGAAAGUUGCAAAGACGGCAACUUCUUAAGAUUUUGAAACACAGUCCCCACCACCACAUCAUUAGCUGCUCUCCAGAUGCUUUCAUUCGAUUUGCAUAAGGUCUCCAAAGACUUGAGGUUUGUUUGUUUUUUGCUUGUUUUUUUUUUUUUCUUCAGUACUUUUAACAAGAAAUCAUGUUGGUGGCUCCAUGGUUCACAAGAAAAUAGCUGCUAAUCAAAAUGCAGCUGACUAUUAUGAUAGGAUCAGACAAAAGUAGGAACUAAGGACCCAUGGUGAAAUGUAUCCAGGUCUAGCUCAAAGACUGAGUCUAUAUCUCUUUUGAAUAAAAGUGAAAGGUGUGAAACACCUGCAGAUCUCUGAAGCACCUAGGGGAAAGAGUGAGAUUUAGAGGCAGGUUCCACUUCUGCUUUUUGAUUAUUUAUUCUUUUUCAGAGGUUAAUCUAGCAGGGAAAGUGGUUCCCUCUUGCCAGGGGCAGAGGACACUGUCUCCUGCCCAACUUCUGCAAUCCCUGUAUUAAUUGAGCUGAGUCAAUGUGAGGCACACUCAUUAUUGUGAUUACUGUUCCAAUGGCCUGUCAUCGUAGAGGAACUGUUUUACUGUGCUCGAUGUGAUAAGAUUUAGUCUGUUUAAAUAGAUGCCAUUGUUAGUAACUGUGCAACAAAGGAAUUUUAACAGAAAAUAAUUGUUUUCGUACCUUUGGUCAAUAGCUAUGCUUAAUGAUUCAGGUAUUUUUUUUUAUCUUUCUCUGAACAAUGUAUCUUUUCAAAGCUGAAUAGAGAAUAAAGAUCCUCUGAUCAUAUGAAUAGAGCAAUUGAAUGAUGUUUGUUUUACACCAGAGCAUGUUUUUGAUACUGAGGUCUAUUUGUUGAUUAUCACAAAAAAAAAAGUGAUUAAUAAAAUGCCCAGACAUUGCCGUGAUUUUUCAGACUGAACAUGGUUUAAAGUCAGAGUUUGUGACUUUAAAAGUUGAAAGGGAAAAUUUUACUGCAGGAGUGAAUAGUUUAAACUCAAUUCUGUUUGUUAGGACAUUUUGUAAUUCAAUCUCUACCAAGUUUAACUGAUGUUAGAAGUAUUAGUGAAUCAUACUGAAAAAUCCUUUUGUUUUUUUUUCUUCUUCACUUUCCGUAGGACCCUAUCUACGUCCUUGAGAACAACAUCCCUAUAGACACCCAGUACUACCUGGAGCAACAAUUAGCAAAACCUCUACUGAGAAUCUUCGAGCCUAUCCUGGGGGAGUCCAAGGCAGAGAGUGUACUUCUCAGUGAGUACCGUAUUGCGCAGCACGUUAAACCAAGCUAGUCCAGCAGGCAUCUUUACAGUACCUUCAAAGUCUUGUUAGCUAUUUUAUGUAGUAUAAUAGCCAGAGACAAUAGGGUCUUUUAAAAUAAAACUUGUUACAGGCUGGUGCAUUUUAAAAAGAAAGAAUGAAUGUAUGGAUCAAGUUGCUGUUCAGACCUCCUAAUAAUGUGCUCGAGAGACACCACUUUUUGAAGCUCUGCUUUUGCCGUAACAGCGUCCAGUUCUUGUAUUCCGAGCUUUCUACGGAUUCUGUCACAUUGGUUGGAUUGAUUGCAAAGUGGCAUCUUUAGCCAAUGGGAUCAUCCAGGUCCAACCAUUGUGACAGUCACUACUGGAGAGUCUAGAGCUGUCAAUCUCCUGAAUUUUUUGGAGCUGAAAAUCAGCGUGUUUGCUGAUUUUUAGUUUAUUUUUGUAUAUUGGAAAACAGGAGUCAGAUGUAGUCACUGAAGUGAGAUAUGUCAAGAAUUCAAAGUGAAUAUCAAAUGUAAGGCCAAAAUAGCAAAACUGGAAAAAUUCUCAAAGUCCACUUCUAGUUCACAUACUUUGACUUUAAAUUUGUUUUUCGUUCUCACUGUAGUGAGUAACACGAUUUCCCCAUUAUUUUUGGUUUUAAAACAUAUAAAAUAGCAUUUUCUUUGAAUUUAUUUAUUUAUUUUACUUUUUGGGUUUCAAGCAUUGGCUAGCCCACUCCAUUAGAAGUAGUUAUCCCGUUAAUUAUUGAUUAACGGGUGUUUAGAAAAUAAUAAGUCUAUUUUGCUGACACAAAGGUAGAAAGUAAAAAAAAUAAAAUAAAAAAAAGGCAUUUAAACACUGUUUGUGGGGUAACCAAGUUGUCCCAUAGGCAAAUACGUAUGUAAUUCUUAUAGCAAUUUAUUUCCCUGUUGAUUACUCCAACAACUCAAAACAUUCUUUAUUCCUCUCAUUUUUUUUUUUUUUGUAUUAAAUAAAAAGUUCAAUAUACACUCACAAUGCAGAGCUUAAUGUUUUACAAAACAUUCUGAAUGGAUACAGUCUGCGAAGACUGGUAGAGAUAUGUCUUACCUCUUUGGACAGGUUGGGGAGAAUUUGUCACUAUUGCCGAUUGUACGGAUUGGACUUAGUGGCACGUUGUCCAUAAUUAAAUUACGUCUAUAUAUAGUCCUAGACAAAUUGUUAGUACAUUUAGAGAUCUAUAUAUUACCUUGUGCCUCCUCCCUGCAUCCAUGCCAUUAAUAGUCUCUCUGUUGGGGUUUCCAUUUUCUCAUUGUAUAUUCAUUUAAAAUAGGGCAUGCCGACUUUUUUCUGACUUUCCAAACUGGAGAAUAAUGAUUAACGCCAUAUGCCCCGAUGAUGUUACAUGAAAAUAAUUUACCACAAUGUUUAGACCGUUUAAUAAGAGGAGUGCAGUAAUGACCAGCUGUAUGGAGUGAUCAGGGCUUCUAUAGUGAUGUUUAAGUUGCCAGUACUGAUGCUCUUGAGUGCUAUUGCUGAGCAGUCAUCCUUCCUGAAUCUGCCGGUGUGUGUAAAAAAACAAAACAAAACAAAAAAAAAACACAUACUUUCUCUUUCUCUCUCUCUCUCUUUUUUUCUCUUUCUCUUUCUUUCUCUCUCUCUCUUUCUCUCUCUUUCUCUCUCUUUCUCUCUCUUUCUCUCUCUCUCUCUCUCUCUCUCUUUCGUUCUCUCUCUCUCUCUUUCGCUUUCUCUUUCGCUUUCUCUCUCUCUUUCUCUCUCUUUCUCUCUUUCUCUCUCUUUCUCUCUUUCUCUCUCUCUCUCUCUUUCUCUCUCUCUCUCUCUCUCUCUCUCUCUCUCUCUCUCUCUCUCUCUCUCUCUCUCUCUCUCUCUCUCUCUCUCUCUCUCUCUCUCUCUCUCUCUCUCUCUCUCUCUCUCUCUCUCUCUCUCUCUCUCUCUCUCUCUCUCUCUCUCUCUCUCUCGAUUUCUCUCUCUUUUUCUCGAUUUCUCUUUCUCCUCCCCUUUUGGAAUGAUAUGGAUUUCUGCACAAAUUGGUCAUAAAAUAUGAUCUGAUCAUCAUCUAAGUCACAACAAUAGACAAUCACAGUCUGCUUAAACUAAUAACACACAAAGAAUGAAAUGUUGCCAUGUUUUUAUUGAACACACCAUGUAAACAUUCACAGUGCAGGUGGAAAACGUAUGUGAACCUCGAGACUAAUGACAUCUCCAAGAGCUAAUUGGAGGUGUUGGUUACAGCUGCCCUGUCCUAUAAAAAACACACACCAGUUCUGGGUUUGCUUUUCACAAGAAGCAUUGCCUGAUGUGAAUGAUGCCUCGCACAAAAGAGCUCUCAGAAGACCUACGAUUAAGAAUUGUUGACUUGCAUAAAGCUGGAAAGGGUUAUAAAAGUAUCUCCAAAAGCCUUGCUGUUCAUCAGUCCACGGUAAGACAAAUUGUCUAUAAAUGGAGAAAGUUCAGCACUGCUGCUACUCUCCCUAGGAGUGGCCGUCCUGUAAAGAUGACUGCAAGAGCACAGCGCAGACUGCUCAAUGAGGUGAAGAAGAAUCCUAGAGUGUCAGCUAAAGACUUACAAAAGUCACUGGCAAAUGCUAACAUCCCUGUUAGCGAAUCUACAAUACGUAAAACACUAAACAAGAAUGGAUUUCAUGGGAGGAUACCACAGAGGAAGCCACUGCUGUCCAAACAAAACAUUGCUGCACGUUUACAGUUUGCACAAGAGCACCUGGAUGUUCCACAGCAGUACUGGCAAAAUAUUCUGUGGACAGAUGAAACCAAAGUUGAGUUGUUUGGAAGAAACACACAACACUAUGUGUGGCGAAAAAAAGGCACAGCACACCAACAUCAAAACCUCAUCCCAACUGUGAAGUAUGGUGGUGGGGGCAUAAUGGUUUGGGGCUGCUUUGCUGCAUCAGAGCCUGGGUGGAUUGCUAUCAUUGAAGGAAAAGUGAAUUCCCAAGUUUAUCAAGACAUUUUGCAGGAGAACUUAAGGCCAUCUGUCUACCAGCUGAAGCUCAACAGAAGAUGGGUGUUGCAACAGGACAAUGACCCAAAGCAUAGAAGUAAAUCAACAACAGAAUGGCUUAAACAGAAGAAAAUACGCCUUCUGAAGUGGCCCAGUCAGAGUCCUGACCUCAACUCGAUUGAGAUGCUGUGGCAUGACCUCAAGAAAGUGAUUCACACCAGACAUCCCAAGAAUAUUGCUGAACUGAAACAGUUCUGUAAAGAGGAAUGGUCAAGAAUUACUCCUGACCGUUGUGCACGUCUGAUCUGCAACUACAGGAAACGUUUGGUUGAAGUUAUUGCUGCCAAAGGAGGUUCAACCAGUUAUUAAAUCCAAGGGUUCACAUACUUUUUCCACCUGCACUGUGAAUGUUUACAUGGUGUGUUCAAUAAAAACAUGGCAACAUUUCAUUCUUUGUGUGUUAUUAGUUUAAGCAGACUGUGAUUGUCUAUAGUUGUGACUUAGAUGAUGAUCAGAUCACAUUUUAUGACCAAUUUGUGCAGAAAUCCAUAUCAUUCCAAAGGGUUCACAUACUUUUUCUUGCGUGUGUGUGUGUGUAAAGCUUCCUGUAAAAUCAUUUUUGCAUGCACAGCUUUCCAAAACACACAAGGUUUUGUCUUGUAGACAUCUUUAUCUUUAACAUUUACUGAUCCUUUUAAUUAAUGAGGAAGUGGAUAAAAUUGAUGGGAAACCUAAUAAUAGAUUUUAUUUUUUAUUUUUAUUUUUUUUAAAAACUUUUUAAAGAGAAGUAGGAGAAUUUCCUUUUAAAGAUACUUUUUUUUUUAAAAUAACUUUUUUUUUUUUUUUAUUACUUCCAGAGGGGGAACACACACGUUGCAAGACGGUGUUAACAUCGAAGGUUGGUGGUCUGAUGGCAUUCGCUAAGAAACGCAGUACUUGCAUUGGAUGCAAAGCAAUGCUAACUCACGAUGGUAUGUAGGACCAAGAUCAAGGUCAAUUUGUCAUUGGCCAUGUUUCUCAUGCAUAAUCGAUGUUGAUACCAGUGCAUUUGUUCCUUAUAAUCCAUUUGGCCUUAUGUGAACCAACUAACAAUAUACAAAUUCUAGAAUUUCCUCAUAGUUUGGGAAGUUUUUUUAAAAGUUCUGACCGAGCACCUUCUGUUCCACUUGAUUCUGUCACUGUGACCUUCACAGACUACCUGUGCGGAAACGUGCCAGGGACUUUUCCCACCAUCCACUGUUCACUGAGCUGCGUUGAGGCACGAGAAUGGACCCUGGGCUUUGCAUGCCAGUUCACUGACCCAAAUAUUAACAGGGCUGGUGGAAGCUGUUUUCAUGCAUGUGAUUAGACACCUAGGUUCCUGCUCAGCUUUAGGAACUUUAAUACUACAGGUUGCUAUUGAUUUGCCUCAGUAAAUUUUGGUCCAUUGCCAAAAAUCGACAAACCUCUAUAGUGGUUUGAACUCUGAAGGUUAUCUGUCUGAAGGCCACCUCUGAAUUGUAUGAUACCACCACAGUUAAUAUAUGGAAUUCUUUUCAUAAUGCCAUACUUUAGGAACUGGACAUGGUAUACGCCUAAUAUGCUACCACCAACUUAUCUUCCUCAUCCAUUCUUGUUGGACAUCCUAGUCUGAAUAACUUUGUCUACUUGUGGUGUAUAUAUUAUAUUUUGGGUUGAAACAUAAAUUAUAUUCCGUUUUCUUUGACGAUCUUUAUUUUCAUAUUUUGCAAAUACACAAAGCAAAUGGAAUAAUAAAAAUGGAAGGAUUGGGCAAGUAACAGUAAAACCGUAACACGUGUCCGAGUGUAGGCCAAUACUAUUACAGCAUCAGAUUCUGGUCCUUUACUUGACUGGUAUUUAGCUUCCUUGAUUACACCAAACUUAAACAUUUUUCCAUCGGAUCUCUUUAUAAAAUUCUGUGUGGAAUUUCUUGUUUAACAUCACAAAGCUGGUUCAGAAACAUUCUAAAAGCGUGGCUGUUUUUUCCUGGAACAAUUUCCAUUUCUUGGUAAAAGCUGAAGAAAGUUCCUCCUUUUGCUAGUUUUGGUUUUUCUUCCAGUCUUUGCUUAAUCGUGUUGCUGACCAAAGGAAAAAUGCAACACUUCAAAAAUGAUGUAAUACGAGAAAAUCCAACUGUGACAUUUUUUUUUAUUAUUUUAGCUCCCAAGCUUCUAUAAAUUUGUGCUUGUUAUGUUACACUGGACUUGUUACCUCUAAACAUCUAAAUAUUCAGGGGACAAUUUAGACAAACCAAUUUUAGGAGCUGAGAAGGCCUCCAUUAUCAGGAUUUAUGUUAAUUGCCUUCAAAUUACAGUAACAUUCUUGCAGUCUGUGGUCUUGACCUGUUUCCAUGCAAUAAAACUGCCCCUGUUUUGAGAUUGAGCUGUUAUCCUCACCAUAUAUGCCUUGAAAAAUGUUGUUCUACUUGGGACAUUUAGACACACAAUAUGUAGGAGAUGUCCCAUUACACUCUAACUGGUCCCAGCAGUAUGGCAGGUUCAUAUUCAAAAUGUAAAGUUGGUUGUCUACAACAGAACCAGCCACCCAGAUAUUUUUCAGUCUCUCUUAGGCCCUGUCAGUACAUCUAGGCUCAAUGAGGAUUUGAUCAACAUCUGGAACAACGAAAAAUUCUAACUCUUAAAAAAUAACUUUUACAGUCUAACUCGAUAAGAGCUAAGAAAAAAUAAAUAAAUGUAAAAAAAAAUCUUCCGUUCAGUUUGUCCUCUCCUGUCCAUAUACCUCCUCUCACAGAUUCUGCAAUAAAUAUUCCAUCCAAGGCCAUCAAAUCUUUACAGUUCAUCAAGUGCGGUUAAGGAAAGGCCUUUUCUGCCUGUUUAAUAUAAAAAACAAAAGUUGAUUAACACACAGCAAAGGUAACCGAUUAGCAACUCUGUUUGUUGUAAUUGUAGAUGUGGGGUUUGCAGGGAUGUAUUAUUGACAACGUUUUCAAGAAAAGAGGAACAUAGAAAGUUAAUGAUAAAUAUUAAUUUACAUUUGAUUUUAUUUGAGGAAUUGCACACUUCAAAGCACGUGUAUAAUCUUUACAGAGCGUUGUAAGCUGUAAAUCAAGCUACAAGGUGACCUUUAUUAUGUGUUUGAAUACCUUGCCGUUUGAGAUGAAAUUAAACGUAAACUUACUGGUAAUAAAAGAUGGGUUACUACAGGAUUUUAUUAUGUUCACAUUGACCCUGUAGGUUUUUACUUCGGUAGAUAUAAAAACAAGUCUGUGUUCACUAAUUCCAGGCUUUUAAAAGUAGACUGCAGGAUCUAAAACAUUUUGCAAACUCUGUUGAAAUGCUCAAAGCUGUCGUUAUAACGGCAUUGCUACUUGAUGAUUCUUUUAAUCACCCCCCUACCCACAAUUGACGGGUCUGCUUCCAUGAUGGAUGGAUGUUGUAGUAAAUUCUUGAGUGUCUAUGCCGAAGAAGGAUCCCUCAAAGUCCAACCUGAGAUAUGCAGGUGAUCCAUAACAGUCCAUUUUUGUAUGUAUUGUUUGGUCUCCUUUUUUUGGUACCUAGCUACAUGCUCUUAGAGAUACUUAAACUUCCAAACCAGAAACUGCACCAUGCUGAUGAGACCUACAAGGUCGAAACUGUAGUCCAUGGCGGGUUUUUGGUCACUGAUCCUUUUGGAUCAUAGCUUAUGCUUUUUGUGUCCAUUACUAAGGGUAUCUGCAGAAAUACAGCAUGAAAUCUAAACAUGAUGCCUGUCUGUGCUCAUUUGCAUGUCAUGUUGGGAACUCUGGGAUAGUUGUGGAAACAUGAUUUCUAUAAUUUCUAUGCCCAAGGACGACACCUGAAAUUCCAACAUGAGAUAGGAAGGUGAUGCAUAAGUGUGUGUGUGUGUGUACUGGUCAGCCACAUCAUUAAAACCACUGACAGGUGAAUUGAAUUACAUUGAUGGUAUAAUUACAAUGGCACCUAGUAAGGGGUGGGGUAUAUUAGGCAGCAAGUGAACAGUCAGUUUCUUGAAUUUCAUGUAUUGAAAGCAGGAAAAAUUGCCAAGCGAAAAGAUCUGAGUGACUUUAACAAGGGCUUAAACGGUGAUGGCUAGACGACUGGAUCAGAGCAUCUCCAUAACGGCAAGUCUUAUGGGGUGUUGCUGGUAUCAGAUGGUUAGUACCUACCAAGAGUGGUGCAAGGAAGGACAAAUGGUGAACUGGCAUCAGGGUCAUUGGCACCCAAGGCUUAUUGAUGCACGUGGAGAGCGAAGACUAGCACAUCUAGUUUGAGAACACAGAAGAGCUACUGUAGCUUAGAUUGCUGAAAAAAUAAUGCUGGCCAUGAUAAAUAGAUGUCAAAACAAACCGUGCAUCACAGUUUGACUGGUAUGGGGCUAUGCUACCCAUGGACAGCAGAGUGCCCAUGAUGACCCAUCUCCACUGUAGAAAGCUCUUUCAGUGUGGUUGUGAACAUCAGAACUGAACUAUUGAACAAUGGAAGAAAAUUGCCUGUUCUGAGACCUCACGGUUUCUUUCAGAUCAGGUAGAUGGCCAGUUGCAUGUGUGCUGUUGGUCACCUGGGGAAGAGAUGGCAGCAGGAUGCACUAUGAGAAGAAGUCAGGAUGGUGGAGAUAGUAAUGCUAUAAAAACUUGGUCCUCGCAUUCAUGUAAAGCAAGAUUAGUAUGUAUAUAGCACUUAAGGUAAAGAUGAAUAAGCAGCCCUAACAACACUCGUGUGGGAAUACCUCAUCCCCACACCUAAAAUCGUAAUAAAUAAGAAAUAUAUAAUACUAAAUCUAAAUGAGCGUGGAGCGCCAGGUGGAAAGUGAGCCAUGCAUAAAUUAUAAUGCUUACCCCUCAUGGUAUGUAGGGAAAAAUGUGGCAUUAGACGGGAUAUAUGAAAUAAAAACAUAGAGAAUAUAGUGCAGAUGGUAUAAAGUGCUAAUAGUAUAAUAUACUUGUGGUAUGUAUCGUAUGUAUCUGUAUAGUAACUGGCUCAAAGAAAGGAACUUUUAUGCUCUUAGGGCAGCAUCACACCUCUGGUAGAUGUUAGGUGAAUAUUCUCCAGACAUAAAAAGAAAUAGAAAAUCUACAAUAGUGACUUAACAUGUAUAUAAGGAUUUUAAGCUCACCUUGUUCAGAGCCUGGCUCUGAGGUGGAAAGGCGAGGUGGAAAGGCGAGAUGUCAAGUUAUGGGGUGACACUACCCCUAUUGAAGUGCAGAAGUCACAUGGUCAAGUCUAGACACCGGAUGAAUCCAACAAUGAUUUAUUGAUAAUAAAAAUAUAUGUAUAAAAACAAAUAAACACCUUUAAACACAAAUGUUGGAAAUAGUCCAAUAAGUGCAGAUCCUGUUGCCAAAACGCGUUUCGCUUAAAAGUAAGCUUUCUCAGCCAGCCUGUUACUUGUAGACUUCUGUGUUGGUUUUUUUUUAUGUUGGCGCCGGGAUUGUUCUUCCGAUAACGCGGGGUAUUCUCAUCCAAUAAGGAGGCUGAGUCCUUGAUUAGAAUUACACACUAAACACGUGUGUUAAAAAUUAUUUUUGGUUUAUCUACAAACAUUGGUCAAUUUCAAAAGAAGAUCCAGUACUUUUUAAUCUCUUACCGGGUAAACCCCCCUCUCCCCCCAAAAUUUUAGAGGCGCACCCAGCAUUAAACAUAAACUUGUUAAGAACCACAUAAAGAAUGAUCUCAAUUUCAUGGUUCCGUCCUCCCCAAACCAGUGAUUUUAAUAGGGAGUUCUUUUCUGCAUAAUUAGUGUCUUGCUAGUCCUUUUUAGUAGUCUCUUUAAAAUAAUUUCAGUCACCACAGAUAACCCGUAACUCUUGUGCACUUCCUUAAUUAUAGGAAUGUAAAUAGACAGCCUUCCGCUCAUCCACAGCCUCAAAUUUUAAGUUGUGCAAUGUCAGCACCAACCAUCAACCCGAUAAUGUUUGCAUAUUUGUGUUGUUAUUGAGACGCCUAUCAAUCUCAAAGUGUCAUUUAUGUCUUCUACCAUGGCUUGAUUUACCAUAUUGAUGCUAUGUGGCACAAGCAUUAUCAUUUUCUGCCUCUGUUGUAGUGUACUUGUUGUGUUUAGAAACCUAUCAUAUCUGUGCUUUUUAUUCUUCAUAUGCUGAAAUAGUUUUGCAGAUGAUAUGGAACUAUUUUACCUCCGUUAAUCUACUUGUAUUUUGUUGCAAAACUCGAUACAUCACUGAUUUCUCAGUCCCACCCCUCCGUCAGAAACUGCUGUAGCCCGCUUUAGAAAAGGACCAUCAACCAAUAAAUGGGUCAUAAUCGGGUGACACACACCCAGCAGCCAUUGCUUUCCUUAAAGUGUGAUGCUCUAUUGGUCUUCACUUGAGUACAGAUUUAUAUGUGUUGUUAUUAGGAACUGAGCAUGUAGCAACAGUGUAUGUAAGGGGACGCAUGAUAAUUAAUAGUGUGGUGGAGGGUGGAAAUCUACUUGGCUUACAUGAAAAUGGGCACUUUUUGGGGGGUUUUUUUUUUCUGCUUCCACCUAUUUGGAUACUAGGGAGGCAUUGAGGUAUAGGGUAAAUGGUUCAGCAUAUUCUUUUGUAAUCGAUUUAUUUAAACUUCUAUUUUGUGAACUUGUUUUGAAGCUUGGUGGCCUUUAGAAAGGACAAUGUAAGGUCUGAAGUGGUGAUACUGUACACCAUCUCUAAAAGAAUGGAAUAAUGUUCCUAGCAGACUAAAAAUAAAUUUAUCUUGUGAAAAAAAAGUGCAUGUAAUCCAUGUUUGUAAUCACCACUGAGAUUUUCCCCAAAACUUCACCAAACUACUUGUGCUGAUAUGCCCUGCAACUGAAAACAAGUGGAACUGCAAAAUAUGUUGGCACUUUAUAAAUGCCAAUAAUAAAUUUAAAAACAACUUCUGGCUCAACCCUGACACAUUUCACUGAUCUGAUAGUGUUUACCAUUCUGUCUUUGUUUUUUUUAGCUUUGGCUGUAUAAAAUAUAAGACACAGAAUAGCAAGCGCUAAUAUAUCCGAUAACACAAGAGCUUACAUGUAAGCCGUUGAUUUCCAUGGAGCUUAUUUGUUUUCUCACACAGACCAUACGACAGAAAAAGGAUAGUUAUUUCUAUUCUGCAAAUCUUGCGGUAUUGGCAAAAUUUGUCUGCCUACAAAAGUGCUGAGUGUGAACUUGGCUAAUUUAGACCCGGGUUUUGCAAGAAGCAACAAAACAGAACUAAGUCAGAAUCGCACUGUUAUUUAUUUACUGUUAUUUAUUCUUAAAGUAAUGUAUAUUCAGAAACCAGUAAAGAGUGGUGGAAAAAGAAUAGGUGGGACAUAGAAUUCUGGACAAAUGACAGUAGGUAGAUACAUUGACAUUAAAGGACCACUAUAGGCACCCAGACCACUUCAGCUCAAUGAAGUGGUUUGGGUGCCAGGUCCAUCUAGGAUUAACCCUUUCUGCUGUAAACAUAGCAAUUUCAGAGAAACUGCUAUGUUUACCGAUGGGUUAAUCCAGCCUCUAGUGGCUGUCUCAUUGACAGCCGCUAGAGGCGCUUCCGCGCGUCUCACUGUGAUUUUCACAGUGAGAAGACACCAGCGUCCAUAGGAAAGCAUUGAGAAUGCUUUCCUAUGGACUGGCUGAAUGCGCGCACAGCUCGUGCCGCGCAUGCGCAUUCAGCCGAUGAUGGGGAAAGGAGGCUUAGAGUCCCCAAUGCCGAGGGAGCCCGGCGGUGGAGAAAAGGUAUGUGUUUAACCCCUUCCUCACCCUAGAGCCUGGAGGGAGGGGGACCCUGAGGGUGGGGGGAACCUAGAGACCCUAUAGUGCCAGGAAAACAAGUAUGUUUUCCUGGCACUAUAGUGGUCCUUUAACUUAGUGGUAAAAAUGUCUUGCUCAUUUUAGCUAGUGUCUAUUGGAAACUGGAUGUCCCAUCUUUAAAGGGAUACCCUAAGCACCAAAACAGCUUUAACUUAAUAAAGUGGUUUUGGUAUAUAGAUCAUGUCCCUGCACUAUCACUGCUCAGUUGUAAGCCAUUUAGGCGUUAACGUACUUUGUUUAUACAGCUCAAGCCACACCUUCCCUGGCUGUGACUCACACCACCUCCAUACACACUUCCUGAAACAGAAGUGUAAAUGUAUGUUCUUUUCUUAUUGCACAGUGUGAUUCAUUUAGAAUUUAACUGUUCUAGCUUGCAAUACCUUCCUCUGUGUGAUUAAAGUGUGUGUCACAGCCAGGGGGGGGAGUGGCUAAGGUCGCAGAAACAAAAAAAAUGUAAUUUAAUUCUUAAAUAGCAGAUAAUUGAGUGGUGAGACUGCAGAUGCAUGAUCUGUAAACCAAAACGGUUUCAUGAAGUUAAAGUGGUUUUGGUGCUUAUAGUGUCCCUUUAAUUAUCUUAAAAAGAGCUAGAAUAAAAUAUAUUUGUUUUUCCUUAUUUUGUUAUUUAAUAUUUAUUUGGGGAAUUACGGAUAUCGGAAAUACCAGUGGCUGUGUACAACAAGAUACCUAUUUUUACUUAAAACAUAAACCACAUAGUAGGGAUCGACCGAUUAUCGGUUUUACCGAUAUAAUCGGCCGAUAUUCGGUAUUCUCGGCAAUAUCGGUAUCGGCCAAUUCAGAUACCGAUAUUGCCGAUAAUACCUCCUAGGACCGCCGGGCUCAUUACAAACCCGGCGGUCCUGGGGGGGCGGAGAGCAAGCGCUUACUCACCUCCCAGCAGCUCCUCCAGCUCCCCAGUGCAACUCUCGCGAUACCCGCGGGCGAGCGUCCGCGCAUGGAUCACCAUGGCAACGCUCCGCGCGACACGCUGGCCGCGAGAGUUGCAUUGGGGAGCUGGAGGAGCUGCUGGGAGGUGAGUAAGCGCUUGCUCUCCGCCCCCCCAGCUCAGCCAAUACCACCAGGGACUGUCAUAUCCCCCCUCCCUGGCCAGGUAACAAGCAGGGAGGGGGGACAACAAAAAUAAAUAAGAAUUAAUUAUACAUUUUUUUAAAAAUAAUUUAAUAAAAAAUGCCCCCUCACACACUGCAUUAUAUACACAUACACUACACAAACACACUGUGUAUAUAAUACAGUGUGUGUUUGUAUAGUGUGUGUGUGUGUGUAUACAAUGCACACAAAUACACUGCAUUAUAUACACACACUAUACAAACACACUGUGUAUAUAAUGCAGUGUUUGUGUAGUGUGUUUAUAUAAUGCAGUGUGUGUUUGUGUAGUGUGUUUAUAUAAUGCAGUGUGUGUUUGUAUAGUGUGUGUAUAUAAUUCAGUGUGUUUGUAUAGUGUGUGUGUAUAUAAUGCAGUGUGUGUGUUUGUAUAGUGUGUGUGUAUAAUGCAGUGUGUGUGUAGUGUGUGUGUAUAAUAAGUGUGUGUUUGUAUAGUGUGUGUAUAUAAUUCAGUGUGUUUGUAUAGUGUGUGUGUAUAUAAUGCAGUGUGUGUGUUUGUAUAGUGUGUGUGUAUAAUGCAGUGUGUGUUUGUGUAGUGUGUAUAUAAUGCAGUGUGUGUUUGUAUAGUGUGUGUAUAUAAUUCAGUGUGUUUGUAUAGUGUGUGUGUGUAUAUAAUGCAGUGUGUGUGUUUGUAUAGUAGUAUAAUGCAGUGUGUGUUUGUGUAGUGUGUUUAUAUAAUGCAGUGUGUGUUUGUGUAGUGUGUUUAUAUAAUGCAGUGUGUGUUUGUAUAGUGUUUAUAUAAUGCAGUGUGUUUGUGUAGUGUGUAUAUAAUGCAGUGUGUGUGUUUGUGUAGUGUUUAUAUAAUUCAGUGUUUGUGUAGUGUGUUUAUAUAAUGCACACUACACAAACACACUGCAUUAUAUACACACACACUACAUUCACUAUACACACACUACACAAAUACACACACACUCUGCAUUCAUUAUAUACACACACACUUUGAAUUUAGUAUAUACAGCAUUCACUUUACGCACACUACCCACACACUCUGCUUUCAUUAUAUACACACUACACUAAUACACACUGCAUCCACUACACACACUAGACAAAUACACACUGCAUCCCCUACACAAACACACAUUGCAUCCUCCACACACUGCAUCCACAACACACACACUACACAAACACACACACUGCAUCCACUACACACACUACACAAACACACACAGCUCCCCUGUCACACUGCAUCCACUGCACGUUGCAUGUAUAUUUUGUGCAUUUACCUUUAGAAAUAGUUUUUAUUUUCCAAAAUGGUAAAUGUACAGAAUAUCGGCAAAUUAUAUCGGCUAUCGGCCUGAAAGUUCACAGAAUAUCGGUAUCGGUAUCGGCUCUAAAAAAUCAAUAUCGGUCGAUCCCUACCACAUAGGCAAUGCAUCAAAACAAACUUUAUCAAUAUGAACAUAACGAGCGUGCUGUGCUAUGGUGGUUGUCAGUAUACUGGAAGCUCGGACUAUGGAGGUGAGGGAGAUAUUUCUAUACUCCAUGAACCUGAGGGGGGAGGGGAGAAGGGAACGGUAGUGGGUAAUUGUAUUCAGGUAAACUGAACCCUCAAAAUACACUAAAUUCCCACCAAAGAGGAACAAGUUAGUAAGAUUUCUUUCACACCAGGGACCUCUGUCCUAAUUCAUGUAUCUUGAGGGUUCAGUUUGCCCGAACAUGAAACCUAGAAUCAUACAGGUAUGAUAUCUCCGCAUAUACAAAUAAAUGCAGGGAACCAUUUAAAAGUACAGUCCCACAAGAAAAACUAGAAACUAGCCAGCUGUCAUGGGUGAGAUGAAUGGGAAUUAAAACUGGAAUAUUAUCCACAUCCCAGGUAGCUAAUGGACGUGUGUCCUUGGAAAUGGAAGUUGUAUAAAUGCCCCAAAUUUUCAGGAAUCCAGUAGCCUUCGAGGCUGAUGUUCACCUGUAUCUGCGUCCACGAUUUUCAACAAUCAGGCGGUGAUCCCCAUUUUUAGGGAAUUGCUGCAUCACAAAGUUGCUUGGUUACCAUUUUAAGCGAUGUACGCCACUGUAGUGUAGAAAACCAUAAAUCAUGAAAAAAACUGAGUGUUCAAAAAUGAAAGGUGUGUGUGUGUGCCCCAUAACUGCAUUUAAGAAACCAUCUUUACCCUUGCUUGUUGUAAAACACAAAAUAAUCUUGUAGUACAAACUCCUGUGCCGAUGGAGGUCUGGCAAGAUGAUAUAUCCUGUCCAGGUUAAGAUUCUUAGCUUGCUCUGCUGAGAGCAAUGUUGAAAAAAAAAAAAGCCUAGUAAAUUGAGUAAGUUCUCACUGACUGCAUCAGGAAUUCAGCUGAUCUUCAUAUUGUGUUGCCAUGCUCUGUCUUCAAGUUGUUCCAUUUUAGUUGUUAUAAAGGAGCAGGUAUUACUUAAUGCUUGUAGUUGAGUUCUAGUAAAAUCUUACUUGAUACGAACUCCUUGUAUGUCUUCUUCAGGGGCCUUAAUCUACCCAGCAAGAGUAUUUAGGUCAGGUUGAAGAUAUCCCUUUUUUUAAAGCUAAAUGAGUGUUCUUAGACUUUGUGGUUAAACGUGAGUCGGUACCGUGUCGACUCGACAUCUGAUUCAGGUCUAGUCUCGCCUCGUCAGUGGCUGAAGUAUUGCCAUAUGUGGAUUCUGCAGUUGCGUUUGUAUGGUUUUUGUUUUUGUUUGGUUUUUUUGGUUUGUGUCUGGACAUUUUUGAACAUAAACAGAGCACCGCUGUGUUAAAUUUUAUGAAAUGGUCUGCUUUUCAUACAUGCAUGAAGACAGUGGAAGAAUAAUAUUAAUCUGCACAAAAUAAUAAGUUGUUUAAGUAUUUAAUCUUUAAAGUACAUCUAGUCCUACAGUUGUGACAUUAUUACCCAACAUAAGUGCUCCAUUAAUGUUCACAAAUUUCCAGACAAACUAAAAUACCCUAAAUUUUAACCUCGGUUUAGUUUUGUUUGUUUUUUUCCCAACGAAUAUAGUUGGUAGUGGAACCUGCAUGUGUUAAGAAACUAGUUUUGUUUCUGUCUGUCUGCGAAUACUUGUGUACUUCUGACCCUUCUUACCCUGUGAGCAUUAAAAUAAUAAACUGUAAAACCAUGCAUCCUUCUUGCAAUUAAUAUUAGUGUGUGUUAAAUUGUUGUGAAAUGACAAAAGGAAAUUGGGUAAACAAUUUGCAAAACUUGUGUGGUCAGUUCAUGAGAACAUAUCUAACAUCGAUAACUAUUAAUUUGCAAAUGAAAAACCGUAUGAUCAUUUAUUUGAUUACCAGGGGUUAGGGUAAAAUCUUUGUCACACUUGUAUAUAAGGGCAUUUUAUAUUUUUUAUAAAUUAUUGUUUUUACCACAAUAUGUGUUUAGAGCACCCACAUAUUACAAAAUGCUCAAUGGAUGUAAAUGAUGUAAUUACAAGACUUAUUAGAUUACUUAAUUUUGAGCUGUAUUUUUAGGCCGAAAGGGCUAAUCUUCCCAUUAAGAGAAUCGAACGUGUGAAAACCGGUGAGAUAUUCACUAAAGACUAGUGGUAUGAGAAUUCGUACGUACUGGCUCCCUGAAGGACCAAAAAGCUAGAAAAAAAUAUUUUGUUAAAGAGACAUUGUGGGCACCACAUGUUAUUAAUAUUGUGUAUUUUUUUGUAAUACCUGCUUCACCAUUAACCACACCCUCUCACUUUAGAAAAAGACUUCCUGAUCAAAUCUAUCUAGACAGCUCAGCCACAGAAUGCAUUGAGUGAUCUGAGUUACUGUAGCGGAUUGCAUUAAGGAUGUCCUCAAAAUUUGUGUAUUUUAAUAUGCUUUCGUGUAUUUCUAUUCCAUGUAUUCACAUUGUAUGCAGCAUUCGCCUGAUUGUUCGGUAAAAUCACUCCGUUUACUAUACAAGUGAAACUACCGAACAAUCAGACCACCCCAGGGAUAAGUGUGCCUCUCAUUACCAUUCGCAACAAUAUUGCAAAUCCCUAAUUGGCAAUUGGUACUUUGUUCUAUGGGUGACCGCCAUUCGGGAUACGUGGCGGCGGCCAUCUUAACUCCUGAACAGCGGUGUUUGGUCGUUGAGUGUCUGGAACCCAAAUUGGACACUCGACUAAGCAAACAUCGCUGAGACCUCCAGAUUUCCAUAGCUUUGUGCGGAAACAACCGAACGAGCUGCUGUUCGGUAGAAAGACUCAUCCGAACAAGGGGAUUCACAUGAAGGCAACAGCCAUUUCAUUCGGUAUUUUCAUCCGUUUAUACCCACGAACCAAGACCGACAGCAAGGCCAAAAAGCAGGCAUGUGAAAUUAAAGUUCAGUUCUGUUCCUAAUGCUGUGUGUCGUCCAGUCAUUGGGAAACAUGUGGGAUACUUUUGGAUUACUUUACUAAUCGUGGAUAUUAUUCUCUUGGGUUUUAUUACUUGUUCCUGAACCUUAUUUGGAUUACCAGUGGAGAUAGUCUGUGAGAGACCAGCACUCCGCUACAGUUACAAAAUAACCAUUAGGUUAACCCAGGGAAGCAUAUACAGGGAGUGCAGAAUUAUUAGGCAAGUUGUAUUUUUGAGGAUUAAUUUUAUUAUUGAACAACAACCAUGUUCUCAAUGAACCCAAAAAACUCAUUAAUAUCAAAGCUGAAUAUUUUUGGAAGUAGUUUUUAGUUUGUUUUUAGUUUUAGCUAUGUUAGGGGGAUAUCUGUGUGUGCAGGUGACUAUUACUGUGCAUAAUUAUUAGGCAACUUAACAAAAAACAAAUAUAUACCCAUUUCAAUUAUUUAUUAUUACCAGUGAAACCAAUAUAACAUCUCAACAUUCACAAAUAUACAUUUCUGACAUUCAAAAACAAAACAAAAACAAAUCAGUGACCAAUAUAGCCACCUUUCUUUGCAAGGACACUCAAAAGCCUGCCAUCCAUGGAUUCUGUCAGUGUUUUGAUCUGUUCACCAUCAACAUUGCGUGCAGCAGCAACCACAGCCUCCCAGACACUGUUCAGAGAGGUGUACUGUUUUCCCUCCUUGUAAAUCUCACAUUUGAUGAUGGACCACAGGUUCUCAAUGGGGUUCAGAUCAGGUGAACAAGGAGGCCAUGUCAUUAGAUUUUCUUCUUUUAUACCCUUUCUUGCCAGCCACGCUGUGGAGUACUUGGACGCGUGUGAUGGAGCAUUGUCCUGCAUGAAAAUCAUGUUUUUCUUGAAGGAUGUAGACUUCUUCCUGUACCACUGCUUGAAGAAGGUGUCUUCCAGGAACUGGCAGUAGGACUGGGAGUUGAGCUUGACUCCAUCCUCAACCCGAAAAGGCCCCACAAGCUCAUCUUUGAUGAUACCAGCCCAAACCAGUACUCCACCUCCACCUUGCUGGCGUCUGAGUCGGACUGGAGCUCUCUGCCCUUUACCAAUCCAGCCACGGGCCCAUCCAUCUGGCCCAUCAAGUCUCACUCUCAUUUCAUCAGUCCAUAAAACCUUAGAAAAAUCAGUCUUGAGAUAUUUCUUGGCCCAGUCUUGACGUUUCAGCUUGUGUGUCUUGUUCAGUGGUGGUCGUCUUUCAGCCUUUCUUACCUUGGCCAUGUCUCUGAGUAUUGCACACCUUGUGCUUUUGGGCACUCCAGUGAUGUUGCAGCUCUGAAAUAUGGCCAAACUGGUGGCAAGUGGCAUCGUGGCAGCUGCACGCUUGACUUUUCUCAGUUCAUGGGCAGUUAUUUUGCGCCUUGGUUUUUCCACACGCUUCUUGCGACCCUGUUGACUAUUUUGAAUGAAACGCUUGAUUGUUUGAUGAUCACGCUUCAGAAGCUUUGCAAUUUUUUUUUUUUUUUAUAAUUCUUUAUUUUGUCAAUGACAGAUAUAAUUAGGUAGUGCAAUUUAGUGGCUUGCACAGAAGCCGCGAUAUCGUUCAGGCAGUGUAUAGGUUAUUACACGUACAUCUUUUGAGAUUUACACCUGUCUGUCAUCGUUUUUCAACAAAUACGGUAAGAACAACAUUUAAAUAACUUGCAACUUAUAACAUAAGAGGUUAUUCUUAACAGGGCCUUUGGUUUGCCGUCGCGGUGCAGCGGCUUUGGCGUGUUGAGCAUCUAGGUCGGGUUACCGGAAAGUCCGACCUUGUAUUGGGGAUGGGGUGAAUUAACCUAAAAAGAGGGGGGGGGGAUGGAGAGGGAGGGGGGGGAAGUGGUCUUGGACGUUUCUAGUGGUUUGCUAGUCAUCUGUGUGGUUAUCCCAUGGUUCCCAUACCUUUGUGAAAGCUUUCAUAGUGCCUCGUAUUUGAGCCGUCAGUUUGUCCAUGAGGUGACACUCUUUGAUCUUGUUGAGUACUGCGGUCAUUGAGGGAGGGUUUGGCUGCAACCAUGUUUGGGCUAGGGCUUUUCUAGCUGCUAAUGUUAUCUUGUUAAGCAAUUGUUGUUCAUGUCUGGGUAGGUCGUCUAGGGGUCUAGCCAGCAGGAAUGUCCAUGGGUUUGCGUCUAUCGGUCUAUGUAAGAUUUGCGCUAUUAGCUUCUGGAUGUUUUCCCAGAAAAGUUUAAUUAUGGGGCAGUACCACCACAUAUGUGCGUACGUCCCUUUUUCUCCGCAGUUACGCCAGCAGAGGUCCGUGGGUAUUUUUUUCAUGUGGGAUAGUUGGACCGGUGUGACGUACCAGCGUAGCAUCGUUUUAUAUGCCUGUUCCUGCAUCGUGACGCAUAUGGAGGUUCUGGAAUUGGCUUCCCAUAUUUCCUGCCAGUCAAUUCCCUCUAGUGUUUCCCCUAAGUCAGCUUCCCAUUUGUCUAUGUAUUGCAGGUCCCCCCAGUCCCGAGUGGUGGAACAGAGGUGGGAGUAGAGCUGGGUGAUCAUGCCCCUAUGGUAUUGUUCCGCUAGGCAGAUGCGCUCAAAGAAGGUCGGAGUGGUUUUGGCGGCGGUUUUUACCGUCGUUUGGGCCGCGUAGUGUUUUAGUUGCAAAUACCGAAAAAAGUCGGCUGGUUUCAGAGUUGCUCUAGAUUGUAAGUCUGGAAAGGAGACUAUUGUGUCGCCUAUGUAUAGGUGGCACGCUCUCUGGAGACCUGCGUGCUCCAGCCCUUUGAAGUCCCAUGGUCGCAUACCUGGCGUGAAAGCCCUGUUUCGGUAUAGGGGGGUGAGGGGGGAGGUCUUAGUGGUUAGGUCGUAUUUGAGGGCAUAAGUAUCCCAUAAUUGGAUUGAGUUGGUGAUGGCUGGGCACGCCGUUCUCUGUAGUGCUCUAUGCUCUUUUGGUGUCCAGAUGUAGAAUUGUGGGAGGUCUGAUCCCAUUAAUGCUGAUUCUAGAUCUACCCACCUUCUAGUUUCUGGGGGGGUGUGCCAUAGGGCUAUUUGUGCCAUCUGCGCGGCUAUGUAGUAGAAAUGUAGGUGGGGUAGGCCCAGGCCUCCUCUCGUUCUGGGGCGGUAAAGUAUGUUGCGGGCUACUCUGUGCCUUUUAUCCUGCCAAAUAAAUCUAUCUAUCGCCCGUUGCAGGGGGAUGAGAUUGUGUUUUGUGAUAGGGAUGGGUAUGGCCUGAAAGAGGAACAGAAUUCGGGGUAGAAUGUUCAUCUUGAUGGAGUGUAUUCUCCCUAUCCAGGAUAUGGGUUUAUCCGCCCAGGUCUCCAGGUCCGAAAUGAGAUUGUCUAUCAUGGGUGUGUAGUUCAGCCUGUGGAGCUCGUUGGUGUCUGCCGGUAACUUGAUACCCAGGUAUGUGAGGGAGGUUGGAGUGACUCGUAUGUGAUAAUCUGAGGUUAUUUUAUUCGUGUCCGUCUGUGUGAGGUGUAUUGGGAGUGCGCUGGAUUUACCUACGUUAACUUUGUAUCCUGAGAUCUCACCGUAUUUGGUCAGGAGUGGGAGCAAUGCCUGUAGUGUGGGGAUGGGUUCCGUUAAAGUCAGCAAGACGUCAUCAGCAUAUCCUGAGACUAGAAAUUCUUGGUCAGCUAUUGUGACCCCUUUGAUUUGUGGGUGUUCCCUUAUGGCUUGGAGGAGUGGUUCCAGUGUCAGCACGAAGAGUAAGGGGGAUAGGGGGCAUCCCUGACGGGUACCGUUGGAUAUAUUAAAUGGUGGGCUAUUUGUCCCAGUUAUCUUUAUUUGUGCCGAAACGGAAGUGUAUAGUGCGCGAAUCGCUGUUAUGUAUGGGGGGGGGUAUGUUUAGAUGUUCUAGGAGGGUGAACAUGUAGGGCCAUUUCACGCGGUCAAAUGCUUUCUCAGCAUCCAGGGAAAGUGCUAGGGAUGGCGUUUUUUUGUUGGCUAGCAGCCAUAUUAUGUCUAUGUUACGUCUCGUAUUUUCGAAUAGUUGUCGUCCGGGUAUGAAUCCUACUUGGUCGGCGUGAACUAGAUUUGUCAGGUAUGGGUUUAGUCUACCUGCUAAGAUUUUGGCGAAGAUUUUGCUGUCGUGGUUUAUGAGUGAGAUGGGUCGAUAUGCUUCUGGUUGGGUGUGGUCUUUACCUGGCUUUGGUAGCAGAAUGAUGUUUGCCCGUGUCAUGUCUCUGUCUGGUGGGGUUCCCGUCAUAAGUUCUUGGAAUAAGGAUUCUAAGUGUGGGAUGAGUGUUUCCCUAAAGGUUUUGUAAUAGCUGCCUUCGAAACCGUCUGGGCCGGGGGCUUUAUUGCUUUUAAGAGAGGAGAUAGCUAUGUUUAUUUCAUCUUUAGAGAUUGGUACUGCUAAUUCCGUUGCGGCUGCAGUGUGUAGUUUUGGUAAGUUUAGUUGGUUGAGGAAGUCGGUUGUUUUCUGUUUCGCCGCUGUGGUUGACAUGACAUCUUGGGGGGAAUGGUUGUAUAGUGUGUUAUAAAAGGUUGUGAAAGCUUGUGCUAUUUCUGUUGGGGAUGUUUUCAGUGUGCCGUCUGGGGCACUUAUCUUGGUGAUGUGUGGGUGUUGGGUUCUAGGUCGUAGUGUGCGGGCUAAUAGUGUGUCCAUUUUGUUGGAUUUGUCAUAGUAUGUUCUUUUCGUCCAAGUGAGAGCUCGUGCCGUGUCAUCUAUAAGCAGUUGUCUGAGAUUGUGGCGGGCGGUUUGGAGGCGUUGUAACGUAUGGGGGGUCGGGUCGGUUUUGUGGCAUUGCUCCGCUGUGCGGAGGGUUUCUAACUGUUGGGUAAGUUUCCGCGUUUUUUGUUUCUUUUUGUAGGUUGCUAUUUUAAUAAGGGAGCCACGAAUCACUGCUUUAUGGGCCGCCCAUACUUUGGUCAUGGGGAGUUCUGGUGUUAGGUUUUCUGUGAAGUAUGUGGUUAGCUGUUUCUGUAUGUCCUCUACUACUUGUGGGUCUUUAAGGAGGGAUGUGUUUAGCCUCCAUGUCCAUGGGGCAGGGCACUGGAUGCCUUGGAGAUGGAUCGCGACGUCCGCAUGGUCUGACCAUGCGAUUGUGCCUAUCUCCGUUUUUUGUGUUUUUGUGUAGCCUGCGUGAUUAGUUAAGAACAUGUCUAUGCGUGAGUAUGUGUCAUGGGGUGGCGAGUAGUACGUGUAGUCCUGAACAGAGGGGUGUUGAGCCCUCCAUGCGUCUAUGAGGCCUGUCUUGCGGAUAAAGUGGUGUAAUAGCUUGUCUUGUGCGCCCAUGCCAUGAGACCUAACUAGUCCUGGGCGAGUGCUUCUAUCUAUUGCUGGAGCUGGGGUUGCGUUCAGGUCUCCCCCUAGGAGGAUUAUCCCGGAGGGGAGCGCAAGGACUACGUCUGACAACUGGUUCCAGAAUUGGGGUGUGGGUGUGUUGGGGGCGUAGAUGUUGAUCAAGUGGAUUGGUUGGGAAUGAAUCCUGCCUGUGACUAGCACAUAUCUACCGUCUGGGUCUAACGUCGCUUGGGCUAUGUGAAUUGGGCAUCGUUUAUGUGUAAGUAUCGCCACUCCGUUCUGUUUGCGGAAGGACCGAGCCUCUGCGGCUAGGCGGUAUGUGUUGUCUCGGAGGGAGACCUGGGUGGAUCGAGACAGGUGAGUCUCCUGUAUGAAGGCUAUGUCAGGGUUUAACCUUUUUAGCUCCUUGAACAGUGUUCUCCUCUUGCGAGGAGCAUUGAGGCCUUUUACAUUAAGCGAGGAUACCUUAAGAGCCAUAAUCUAGAGGUUUCGGUGAGCGUUUUUUGUCCUUCUGGACGGUCGGGUGGCUGUGGUGGUUCGUUGCGGCUUGCAUGGUGUGUUUGCGCAGCGGGGCAUGGGGUCGGCUCCCACCUCUGUUCCUUUGUGUCACUGGGUGGGUGUGUGGUUGGGGAUGUGCACGUUGCGCCUCUGUCAUCGUCCAAGACCUAUGAGGGCCUAGGGUAGGUGGGGAAUGUAGGGGAGGUAGGUUGGUGGGGGAGGAUGAGGGUCUAAGGAGUUUUGGAAAAGGUGUGAUACGGCGUUGCCGUAUUGGUCUGGUCUUAUUGCGUGCCAGACCGUUGGGGGGUGCAUGUACCCUGGUCUUCCCUGUGACUGUGUCAGUUUGGGAGUGUUGGGUCAUGAACCUGUUUUCCGAUGUGAUCCCCUGUUACCAUGUGUCAUUUGUCUGUUGCAUCUUUAAUGUGCAGCGUACAAGUUGAUGGUCUAUUGGGCGAUUUGUCUUCCCUGCCCCUGGUUCUUGAGGUUUGUGUUGCUUUAGUGCUUUAGUGCUUUAGUGGGGCCGGGAGCUCUUGGGAGUAGCCGCUUAGUGGUGUUUUCCACGAAAUGGGGAGGGGGGAAAUAAUGGGCAGUUGUUACCCGUUUAGGUAGCUUUUCCUGGUCUACGAUGGUUCUCCUGUUUGUAGGCACCAUUGUGCCGGGGCAAGUUUUUUAUUACUAUAUCAUGUCUUUUUUGUUUUUGUCGUUUUUUUUUUUUUAUAUAAUCCCUUUUGCUGCUUUUCAGGUGUGACCUCUGUCAUUAGGGUGUGGGGAGGGAAGGGGCCGGCUGCUAGAGACGGUCACCAGUCUAUCAAGUGGGUGACCGUACGCCGGGACGGGGGAGAUAGGCAGGGCGGGGGGGAGGAGAAGCGCCGCAAGGACAACAUAUAGCAAUACAUAUCAAUGCAAGUCCGAGGCACUUCAACCCAUUUACAUCCACCAUCUUUGCUAUUAUAUCACCCACUCUAGAUGGUCCCUGUGCCCCCCAGUGCCAUAGCCCCGCACCCCGCCCCGCCCCCCCCCAACCCGACACCCACCCCCCCAUCCCCCCCACAGCCCGCAAGCCCCCGCCGUCUAUGUGUGUGCUUUCUCUACGUGUGAUGUGGUCCCUAUCGUGAAGCUUGGUCUCUGUGUAGUGUGGUUGUGUAGCGAAUUCGUGUCUAGAGCAGUUGUACUUGCGUGGUGUGUGUGCCCUGGGUGACUUAUGUGACUGUACAUGUGUGUCCCAUAAAUGCUUUGCUUUCCCCUUUAGCGUCUAAGUUGCGGUAUCUUUGAACUGGUACUUGCUGUGGUAUCAAGAAGCCAGCAAUAGUCUCUGGGCAAGUUCAUAAUGUGGGUUAUCUUCGAUGCUGUGGGCGGGGAGGAUGCCGUGAAUGCCGCGGGGGCCCUUGGUGCUCCCGAGUCCUAUGUUGGCUGUGGUCAAGGGGAAGAGUCCGUUGAGCUGUGUAUGCAGCAGGUGUAAUUUCGGAGCAGGAGUCCAUCGUAGUUGGGGGGCAUCUUCAUCGGGCGUUGUCGUUUCAGUCCGCUCAGUGGGCUGAGAGUCUUUGUAGUUCUGUUGUCCGGAGUUUUGUUUCUGGUGGGUGCUGAGGAUGGGUAGGUCGUCAUGGUGUUGCUGGCCGAGGCCCGGUGAACUCGUUCCCGGGAGGAUGGGUCUGCCUUGGGUGUGGGUGGCCGUCUGCUGGCUGUUUACUCCGCGGCGGUGUACCAAUCGCGGGGCAGGGGUUGUAGGGCCGGAAGAGCAGAGUUGGGCAGCGUGAAGUUCUCUGGAACUGUGAUGCCCAAUGCGCGGAGGAAGGGUAUGGGGUCCGUGCCUGGCGUGAGAAUAUGGGAUCUGCCCUGUUUAAAGACCAGUAAUUUAAAGGGAUGCCCCCAGGCGUACCUUAUUGCGUUGGUCUUGAGUAGCUCUGUGACUGGCUUCCAUUCCCUUCUGCGUUGGAGGGUGAUGGGGGCCAAAUCUUGGAACAGGGAGAUUUCAACGUUCUUGUACGUUAUGGGGCUUUCUCUAGCUUUCCUCAGGACCGCUUCCUUCGUCUGGAAGUGGAGAAAACGGACUAUAAUAUCCCUGGGUCUUGUGUUGUCGUCUCUCCGGGCGCGUAAGGCCCUGUGGGCCCGAUCGAUGUGCCACUGCUCCUCCGGUAUCUCUGGUGAGAGAGGUCGUAGGAGUGCGAGGAGCAUGGGGGCGAUUGGGCCUUCAUCUUGUUGCUCUGGCAGGCCGCGCACGCGGAUGUUAUUGCGGCGUGACCUAUUUGCCAGGUCUUCGAGCGCUGCCUCCGAGGCCUCCAGUCUGGCGGUGAGGGUGUUCACGUGAGCGGCCACCGUGUUGUGGGCCACUGCGGUCGUUUCCACGCGCUGCUCCAGGUCUGCCGUACGCUCCCCCAGCUUGUGAAUUUCCGACAUCACUGCCUUAGAGCUCCGGUCAAUCUCCCGGGCGAGGUAGCUUUUCACCGCCGCCAGCUCAGUUAGUAUGUGGGCAGUUUCUGAUGCGGUGGAGCCUUGGGUCUGAGGAGGGCUCGAGUUUGUUGGUGAGCUAGGAGCUCGCGGGCUGUAUCCGCCGCCAUCUUGUGUGUCCUGGCGCGGCGUGCGGGAGGCCGCGAAAAGUUCAGGUACUGUGGCGGCCGUGUCUGCGUGUUUUUUGGCCGGUUUUCUCGGCAGGCGCUUGUCCAUGGUGUAUUAGGAGUCGGGAUGGGUAGGUAUUCCGUGUUUUUUUGCUAUUGUAAGCGUUUGGAACAGGGGUUCGGCGAGGAGCUCUAGGCUUGCACGUCCAGCUCGGUUCCCGGUCAAGCCACCAGCUUUGCAAUUUUAAGAGUGCUGCAUCCCUCUGCAAGAUAUCUCACUAUUUUUGACUUUUCUGAGCCUGUCAAGUCCUUCUUUUGACCCAUUUUGCCAAAGGAAAGGAAGUUGCCUAAUAAUUAUGCACACCUGAUAUAGGGUGUUGAUGUCAUUAGACCACACCCUUCUCAUUACAGAGAUGCACAUCACCUAAUAUGCUUAAUUGGUAGUAGGCGUUCGAGCCUAUACAGCUUGGAGUAAGACAACAUGCAUAAAGAGGAUGAUGUGGUCAAAAUACUAAUUUGCCUAAUAAUUCUGCACUCCCUGUAGUGUCUGUAGCCAAGUUGGAUUAGAAGUGAAUUGAAAGUAGCCCACUCAGUGCGGUUUAGGUAAAGCUUUCUACAUACAGCAAUAAGGAAGUAUUUCUGGCAUGAGGGGGCAGUGGUUAAGGAGGCAGGCUUAUUGUGCAGCUUUCUCCAAAACAUGGUUUUUUGUUUUUUUGUGUUUGCAGAAACUAUAAAGAUUUGAAUAUGCAAAAAAUACAGCAUAUUAAUGAGGUUAAAACCAAUCAAAUGUAUUCAAGUUCUUUUGGUGCAUGGAGUAUCUCUUUAAGAUCUUAAUCUCUAUUCAAAACCUUAAAAGUACUCAAAAGUAUGGCACAACCUCUACAGUCAGAGGGAAGCAAAUAUUAUUUGUAAGAUAUCAAUAUAUUCCACAUUUCUGGGCUCUGGUAGAAACCAUAACAAAUCAGAAGUAUUUGGCCUCCUCAUAUGUGUUUACCAAUUACUAACUAAGAUGUAAUUGGGGAACCCAAACAGACACCACUGGGAAAUUGGCUCAGUAAAGGGAGAGAGAUUUCAAAAUCAGAUGAUGACCUAAAGGCUUUCUUAAAAUAUAUUUUUUUCUUUUUAACAGUUUUUUUUUUUCCAGCUGUUUUUAAAUUACUCAUAUAUGCAAAGAUUGUAUAAAUGACUGGUAGCAUUUGCUCAAAUUAAUUCCAACUCCACAGUCUUGAAAAACCGAUACAUAGCUUGUUGAAGUUGGUAUGGCAGGGGGGUUGAACAUUUCAACCUAGUCUUGGUAGAUUUAAAGAUACAUGGGUACCAAUCUGAACGCUGACAAUCCGAUAUUCGAAAAUGAAGGUUUGUUCAGUCAAUGACCAUUGGUUGUGUGAACAAUGUUAAGUCAAUAAAAUAGGCCAACCUUUUUGUAAAUGGCAACCUGGCAGCAACACUUAAGAAGAUAGUUGAUCUUGAUAUUCCGCUCUUUGCGGAAAAGUCCUUUUACGAUAUAAAGUAGGCUUCUUUAAAACUCAAUGGGGGAGUUUACACUUCAGCCUAGGAACACCUCCAGUGGCCUCUCCACCCCACCCACCUCCAUGGCUGAGACCAUCAGAAUUGACUAUCUCAGCCAAUCCAAUGCUUUCCUAUGUGAAAGCAUUGUGAUUGGCUGAGAUCAUCAAUUCUGAUUAUGUCAGCCAAGGAGGUAGAUUGGAGACAGGUUCAGACGCAAGGAACCCCCGUGCAAGGCUUGAAAAAGGUUAGUAAUCACCUUUCUAACCCUAGGUAAGGGGAGGAGGGCGACCACCAAAAUAGUGGUUUUAGAACUAUAGUGUCAGGAACACAAACGUAUAUUCCUGACACUAUAGUAGCCCUCUAAGAACCGUGUCCACCACAUCAAGAAUAUCCAGAUACACACUAAAAUCGCUAACAUUCUAACUAAUUACUUGUCUGAACAUUGUAGUGGUACUUGUAUGAGUUAAGAUAUCUGUUUUAGUCCCCGUCCGUUCUCUGCAGUUACCCAUUUACUUCUUUCCCCUCUCCACUCUGUAAGCCUUAAAAUAAUGAACUAUAAAGAUGUUCAACCUUACAACAAUACUAUUAGUUUGUUUUAAAAUUAUCUGAAAUAGCAAAAGGAAAUUGGGUAAACAACAUUUACAAAACUCUAAAAUAUGUGGUUACUUGAUGGUAGCACGAACAUCAAUCACUAUUUGUAGAAACUGUAAGAUAAGAUGAUUAGUUUGGAAUUAGCAGGACGUAGGGUCAAAUCAAUGUCACUCUUGUAUAUGUUCAUUUUAUAUCAUGUAAUCUAAUUAAAGUGCCAGCAAAUUACACAGUGCUUAAUAUGGUAUACAAAGGGGUGUAAUGGCAUGACAGCAGGCUCAAUUUGGCAAAUAUUGAUACAGUAAUGGAGGUCCCAAGGCGGUCCUUAAGGUUGGGAAUGCCAACUGAUCCAUUGAUAAUUAAUAAUUGUAAUUGGGUUCUCCCAUAGUUACCUACCACAUCAUAACAUCUCCACACGAGGACUUUUGUUUUUUAUUUUUGGGGUAAUAUUGCAACUAUUGUGUAUAAAUUCUAUAAAAUGCUUAAUUUCCACCAAAGAAAGCAUUAAAGGGACACUAUAGUCACCUGAACAACUUCAGCUUAAUGAGCUUGUUCAUGUGAGAACUAUAGCUCCCUGCAGCCUUUCUCAUGUAAACACUGUAUUUUCAGAGAAACACUGUAUUUUCAGAGAAAAUACAGUGUUUACAUUGAAAGCUAGGAACACCUCCAGUUGCAGUCACUCAGAGUGAACCAGAGGGACUUCUGAGUUGAUGGAAGCAUAAUAUGGCUCCAUCCACUCAGAUCUGCUGUGCACUAGCAUCCUGUGAUUCAGUAUCUCCUCCCACUGCAUGCAGACACUGAACUUUCCUCAUAGAGAUUCACUGAUUCAAUUAAUCUCUAUGGGGAGAUGCUGAUUGGCCAGGGCUGUGUUUGAAUCAUGCUGGCUCUGCCCCUGAUCUGCCUCCUUGUCAGUCUCAGCCAAUCCUAUGGGGAAGCACUGUGAUUGGAUCAGGCUAUCACAUGUCAGUAGACUGCUUGUUUUUCCUGAGUCUAACAGCAUACAGAUUUACAGCUUCUGGCUUGAAUACAGUAAGAUUUUUACUAUAUUUAUGGAGGCAUGAGGGGCCCAGGGUGGCUAGAUGGUAGUGUUAACACUAUAGGGUCAGGAAUACAUGUAGUUGCACUGGUGACUAUAGUGUCCCUUUAACUAGACUCCUGCCACAAAACGAAAUUGUGAUCUAAAUAUUGCAAAUUUGGUUGCAGAUGUAGCAUUCUAGUUUUUCACUUUUUUAAUCUGGUCUUCUACUUGUUUUACAGGUGCCGUGUGUAAUUAUUGCAAGCCAAAGGAAUCUGAGCUUCACCAGAAGGAGGUAAGUACAUCUGAGCAACUUAAACUCUAUGGAAUCUUAAUAUUUUGAGACCGGGAAGACAACUUCUUGGAACACACAGGGUUAUUCACUAGAGUGUGAACUUGUGGAUUUCAAAGUGAAUUUUCAAUCUUAGGCCAAAUACUAAUCUGAAAAAUGCAGUUGACUUGAAGUACUGUUUUUUAUUUAUUUUUCUCCAUAUAGCUAAUUUUUGCCUUAAAGUUUAAAUUCAAUUUAGUGAAUAACACUGAAUAACUUGUAUUUUAUGCUGGUAGACGCGUACAUGUCUGUACUUAUUUGUGGUUGAUGAAAAUUGUAUAUGCACACACACGCCUUCCUAAGAUACAGCUGUAUGGGGAUAAAAUAUCUAAAGUCAGUGAGGGGCGGAGCUAGCCAGCAGACCGCGCGGUCACAUGUACCCUGAGCUCCGGCACAAAAUAGUCUUUGCAACCUCAAAUUGCCCUUUCUGGGCAAACAGAUUUGCUCUUGCAGGGCACCAGCUGAGACAGGAGAACAUGGGAAAGCAUUCACACAAAUCUCUUGGCUCAGACGGGAGCCAAACCCCGGAUAUCUGCUUCCUACUGACCCAGCCGUCCAAACCUAAAAUGGCAGAUCUAAUGGCUGACACACCACGCGCAUUCACAUCAGCCUCAGUGGCUGAAGACGGUUCUGGGUCUUCCUCAUCAGUCCCGUGGUGGCAUUGCAGUUCCCCAACAGCAGCCAGACAUGCAAUGGGCCACAAAAACAGACCUCACCGCAAUGGUGACAGAGAUCAAAGCCUACAUUGCCUCGGAAAUGGCAGUCCUGAAAACGGACCUCUACACUCUGGCAAGCAGGAUGACUUCCACAGAGGACACUGUCCGCAGCCUUGGAGUCAAACGACACCACAGCAGCUCAACUACAUGAGGUAUCACAUAAGUGUGCAGAAUUAACAGCAAAAGUGGGACAGCUGGAAGACCUGGCAAGGCAGCGUAUUUUAAAAGUCCGUGGGAUCCCAGACACUAUUGAUGCUGGCGAGCUCCUACAGUUCAUUAAGAGGCUACUCUCCACUACCCUAACACCCAAAAAGGCAAAAGGAACGCUGCUGGAUGGGGUAUACCGCCUCCCAGGGAACACUACCACCAAGUUCUCUGGAUCCAGAGAUGUCACGAACUGACAAGGACACAUUUAAUGGCACAAGUCAAAUGCCAAUUACCAUAAACUUUUGAACAGCACUCACUGUGUUUCUAUCAGGUCCACGCUGCAGUGGCGUGCAAUGCUGAAGGAGGUGACCUCUCAACUGCGAGCUGCAGGAAUUCAAUACCGGUGGGGGACCCCAUGGGCACUUGUAGCAGAGAAGAGUGACAAUCGGCACAGACUCACAUCGGCGGCGCAAGCGGACAGCUUCCUGCAAUCUCUGUGA